AUUAUUUUGACUUGCUUGGCUUGAGAUUUUUGCAUGUUUGUACAUAUUUAUACAACUGCUGCAGUUUGGAUUCCCAAAUCACUGUAUGACUAAGACACAAAUUAAUUCUUAACUAGAGAGCAGUAGGACCUGGAGGGAAUCUUACCCUCCCUAGUGACUGAGUCCACAGAGGGUGUGUAAAAGAAUCUAAUGUGUACAGCAAGUGAUUUAGCCUUUUCAAUCUAUGCUUACUUCCACACACAUGGGGCAAGAAUACAAACUGUUGGAUGAGUUCUCUGCUUGUUACUGUAACAGGGCAUUCUAUGAUCUGCAAGUUAGGAGCACAAUCCAAGCCUCACAUGGUUAAACCUGGGAUCUCUGAAAAGUUUGCAGAAGAACUGUGUUUUGCAACCCAUCCUAGCUCUGCCUCCAGGGGAGAAGAGGGUGUUAGCCUUGAGGACAAGUUUUAGAGAACUGUCUUGUCUAAGCAAUUCCCCUCCACAGACCUUCCCCCCCCCCAGGAUGACACUAAUGAGAAGACUCUGAUGACCCCGAUAAUUAGUAUGCCUGUGUUAAACAAGUGUUGGUUCUACAAAUAGGAAACCUACCUAUGUCUUGUUGCUAUGAUUGUCUGUCUAGCACUUUAUCUGCACUCCCUGUUCCUGGUGGCAAUAGGACAGACCAUCCCAGAAGCAGGUAAGUGGCUUUCUCUCUCUAUUUAAGAUACUGCUCCCCUGUUAUGGGUUUCUGUGUAAAUUUACAUUGUCAGUAACUUUCCUGAUAGCUCAGAUAGUCUUGUAUUUGUUUCUAACAGAUUAUUAUGUGUAACAGAGAACAAGCUUCAGAAUGUGAAAUUUGAUCUUUGUAAAUAUUUUUUUUUCCUCACAAACCCAUUAGCUAUAAUCAUGAAUAGGCUGCUAGUAGUUUGUUUCAGAAUGAAUAGAAAGAUUGUUCUAUUUUUUUUUAAAUGUGUAUUUUCUAGUAAUUUAUAAACUUAAAAAAAAUAUAUAUCAAUAAUUUGGCAGGUGAUUUACUGAGCUUCAAAUUUGACUCCCGAUUGCAGAUUUCUGUAAAUAAUAUUAGAUUAUGACACUGCAUUGUUACAUUAGGGUACAAUAUAAUAUUACAAAAAAAUAAAUAGAAUAAUUAUACAAUAUAUAUCAAUUUAACACAUAACCGGUAAUAAGGAUAUUUUUCAAAGAAAAGUCUGAUGCAUGUUUGGUGGGUAACACUGAAUUUAGUUUCUGCUAAAAAAAAAAGAAAAAAAAUAGUACAAUAUGUCACAACCUCUGGCAAAAUGUAGAAAUAAAGGCAUCAGGUGCCAAAUUGCCUCCAAACUUGUCCAUUUAUAUUUGUCCAUUACAGUUUUCCUUUUUUUAAGUUUCAAACUGAUGUUCCAAAUAGAUAUUAGACAACUGCAGGUGAACAGAAAUAAGUAUGGUGAUGUGAUUGGCUUGAGAGCCCAGCCAAUCAUUGGUUCACAGCUUCAGCAGAAUAUUACAACCCCCCUGUGUGAAGUUCAGUCUUUAAAUGAGAGGGUUAUUGUUGUUUUGGGGGUAACUCAUUUCUUCAUUGCAUUGUGUAUUUAGAAAUAUCUUUUUUUUUUUUAAAUGCAUGACAAUUUUAGAGGGCAGUAAAUAAGAACACUGGUAUCUGUUGGCACUAUUCCAGUGUAAUUCUCCUGCCAGUCUAAGAAGGUACUUGCAUAUAUUAUGAGGGGAGCAAAGAGGGCUCAACUCAUCUCCCAGUCGCCCUGGCACACUUAGGAGUGUGGAAAUAGGAAGAAAGCCAUUUUUCCCUCUGCGUUCACUCCUAAUUAGUAUCGAAAUCCCAUGAACAUGGUGUGUGACAAUAGGGUGGCCAUUGUGCUGCCCUCAUCAAGUUAAAGGGGUUUUAAGACAUAUCUCUUUUUAACUUACUAUACCCUUUUGGGUAUUGCUGGCUAGGUCGCCAUUUUAAAAAGUGCCAAAACAUGUUUUAAACUUAACUGUAAUCCGAUACUGGGCAAAGCUCCGGACAUUGCUCUCCACUCCCUGACUGGUGUCACCGGAGCUGCUACGAGGCCCACUCUGAUGCCUCUCAUAGAGAAGCAUUUUAUUGGAUGAUUUCGUUCACUCAGAGCACAUCCGCGCGCUCUCAGCUGAUAAGGGGAGGGAGGAAGGAGUUUUUUUGUUUUGUUUUUUUAGCAAUUUCACCUGUGGAAGGAGGUGAGAGCACUUCUUGCAGGCUGCUACCUACAAGAAUGAAGUUCAUUGCAUCGAUUGUCAGUGCUCAGACGACAGACGUAAUUUUUGCACAGAAUUGAUAUUAUGAAGCUUGGAACAGAAUUGUGUAAUGGGGAUGCAACUAGCCCUCAGGAUAAAAGUGCAAAUAUCUCUCGAUGUGCAGUGUUUCAAGCAGAAACACUGCACAUGUAGACCUCUACCACCAUGACCACUUUAAAUCACUAAGGUGGUCAUGGUGGGUAGAAUAAAAGUAGUGUGGGUAGUAAUAAAAGUGGGUAGUAAUAAAAGUAGAGUGGUAUGUUACCACCAUCUACUGGCUGUUUUCAGUACUACAGGCAGAUACCUGUAAUGAUGGAAAUCAUUCAUGCCUAUUACACUGUGAUCGUCGGUUUGUCCCGACAUUUGUCUCCCUUUAGUACCUGCCUGCCCAGAAGCAAUGCUGCUGAGCGGGAUUUAAAUGGCUUACAGAGCAUACAGCUUAUCAGCCAACCUUGGGCCAGAAAAUGUGGCCCACAUUGACAUUGACUGAUACCUAAGACUACUUGGUGUGAACAGGGAUUUAACCUUGCUCGCACCACAUUGCAGCAAUAGACAUAUUGAUAUCUAUCUAUUUAUACAGGGGAUUCCCUGGUGAGAGCAGCCACUCUGUGCAGGAAGGCAUGGGAAGUCCUCACGCUCUGAGGGGGUUAAAAUACACUUUAUCAUAAAAUAUAAACAAUAUUGUGCCCCAAUCUUCCAUUUCCUAGUUUAGUGACUAGAACCUGAUAAAUCUUGAUAAAAUGUUUUAGGCUUAUUGCUUUAAAAACUCAUUGUAAUUUUAUACAUAUGGAGGACGCAUCAUUUCUUACUCCACCCAACUUGGAAUUCUGUCGCACUUUCAUUUUCUCUUAUAGUACUCAUUGAAAACAUGAAGAAGUAAGUUGGUGUUCUCUUGUGAUGGUUUAAAUUAUAUGAAGAAACAUGCAUUAACCUAGUGAUUUCCUUCACAUAACGGGACACCCCAUGGAGGUCUGAGCAGGUCACAGGACAAACAUUGAGACCACACGGGAAGUCUAUCAGACUAAAAAAAUUGACAAAUUUUCCUCUAUAUUUUAAUUAAUGUUGUAAUGGUAGUAUGGGUGAAGUGGUUUCUAUACGUUUUAAGUCUUGUGAAAACAAGCACGUGAUUAAAGGGAAUUUGUCACUUUUCUUGAUUUUUAAAACUGUUUACCUAUUCCCUAUAGUUAACAAGAUUGUGUUUGUGAGGUAUGAAAAAUAAAAAUUUCCUGACCCUCUUGUGUUAAAACCACCAUUUAGGUGGCUUGCCCUCUAUUAUCUCCCUUAAAGGGUAAUAAAUCUUACCUUAUAUCCAUCCCUCCAAUCCACCUCCUUGCUAACAUCAUCAGAAUUUAUUAUUUCAGCCAAUCCAAUGCUUUCCCAUAGGUAAAGCAUAGGAUUGGCUGAAAUUGGCAUGGAGGCCAGACGGGGGCGAGGUCCAUCGCAGGUUUGGCCAAUCAGAACCUCCUUAUAGAGAUGUAUUGAAUCAAUGUAUCUCUAUGAGAAGCAUUCAGUGUAUCCAUGCGCCAGUGCCCCAGGAAGCACCUCCAGUGGCCAUCAUGUCAACACUGCCUUUUCUGUGAAAAGGCAGUGUUUAUAUAAAAAUGCCUGCAGGGAAUGAUUAUACUCACAUUAAGCUGUAGUUGUUCUGGUGACUAUAGUGUUCCCUUAAAAGAAGAAAUCUACAUCUCUUUCCUGCAACUGGGCGCCUCCAUCUUACCACCCUGGCAAUCAUGGUCUAAGUUUGCAGUCAGCAUAUGCAGAGUAGAAAUGAAACAGUGUUGAUGCAUAGAUUUCUAUACUGAUACCCAUUUAUGGAAGUCGGACUGUACAAGUUUGUUGUGAUACCCCGGAGAAUAUCUCACAGGGGAAUGUUCGCUAAGCGCUGACACUGUGGUUUGCAAUUUCGACUUGAAACUUGGGAAAGUUUUUUUUAUGUGUUUUAGCAGUCGUUUUAUUUGUUUUCAUAUAUACUGGCAUUUGUAGUUAUUUACUUUUUUGUUUAUUGCUAUUUUUUUUUGCGCUCUCUUUAAUUGCUUUUCUAGUUAUCACAUUAGAAAUUAAACAAUGCGUGCCCUGGCAUUGCCCGGACUGUACCUGGUGUCCAUUUCUAAAUAUUUGAUAUAAAAAUAAAAUAAAAAUAAAUAUCACAUGAUAAUAGUUAAUACAAGUUAUUAGUGAAUGUCAAUGUUUUAUUCAAUGCUAAAAAUUUCAGAUAAUUGAAAGUUCAUUUUUUAAACUUUAGCCAAGUUAAGGAACAUAACGUACACAUUGAUAUAUUUCUGUAAAGCUAGCAGUCUAUCAUGCGUUUUUAUAUCAUCAUUAUUAACAUUUUACCUGCAGGGCUUCCUUCCCUAGAGUAAUCAUUGAUGACAAUUUAGAGCCCCAUAAAACUAUUUAUCAGCAUUUAUUUGAAAUGUGAAUUCUGAAAUAGGCAUCUAAACGCUACAGAGCCACCACCGAUAACUUCUCUAUUAUCCACCCAAAGCCAUCGACCUUGAACGGCAAUGACAGGCUUACAUUGUAGAAGUGUACCCUCCGCAUUAUGGCUGCAGAGAAGCCAAGGUCUUGGUUGAGAGAGAGCUUUGUUUUUUGACUGCUCAAUAGCAUUUGAUAAAAAAAAUACCUGAAAACCAGCAGUGGAACUAAUGAACAGAGGGCCUUGGUGCAUGGCAAUUAACCCUCUCCAUAUACAAAUUAGACUGAUACAUUUCCCUGACGAUUAACCCUCUCCCUGCCAAAAUUAAAAUUUGCCACAUUUGUAUGCCAAAUAAGCAUUUCCCUUCUAAAUUUACAUUGGCACAUUCCCCUUCCAAUUAAUCCCCUCCAUCAAUUUGGUGGCCACAUUUGUCUUGCAAUUAAGCCCUCUUUCCCCCCAAAUAUAUCUUUUCAUUCUCCUUGCUAUACACACAGUGCGGAAGGACUGUGUUUGUGUGUGUGUAUGUGUGUGUGUGUGUGUGUGUGACUGCCUGUCUGUAACUCUGUGUGUGAGUGCCUGCUUGUGACUGUUUGCAUGUAACUAUGUGUGUGUGUGUGUGACUGUCUGCCUGUGUGUGUGACUGUCUGCCUGUGAUUGGGGGAUGCUGCCUGUAACUGUGUGUGUGUGACUAUCUGCCUGUGAGUGAGUGAGUGUGUGUGUGUGUGUGUGCCUGCCUGUAACUGUGUGUGUGUGUGUGUGUGUGUGUGUGUGUCUGUCUGUCUGCCUGUAACUGUGUGUGACUGUCUGCCUGUAACUGUGUGUGACUGUCUGUAACUUUUUGUGUGACUGUGUGUGAGUGAUUAUGUGCCUGGGACUGGACUCUAAAGACUGUUGCUAUUAUUUUUGUGUAAAAAUUAAUUAUAUUGUAAGGGGCUGAGCAGGGGCUUUUGAGGAACAGGCAGGUUUUUUGGGGAAGGGUGGUGCAGGAGUUUAUAGAAGGGGGGCAGGGAUUUUGUUUAAGGGGGCUGAGCAGGGGAUUUGUGGAAGGGGGUGAAGGUUUUUUUUAUAGAAUGGGGGUAGGACAUGCGUUUUGUAGAACGGCGGGCAAGAGAGGGGUUUUGUAGAAGGGCACAGGACAUGAUUUUAUAAAAAUUUACACAUUUAUGCAAUUUUUUUAAAUGAAAACAUUAAACAUUAAAUAUAUUGUGGGUGUUUUUUAAAUUUUAAGGGGGAGGGGAGAGUGCCAAACACAGGAUCUGCCCCAGGUGCCAAUUGCUCUUGGUACAUCCCUGAUGCAGACCCAAUUUAACACACUGCCCCCUCCCCACGUUCUAAUACACUGCCCCAUCUAAUACACUGCCACAAAAUCCAAUACACUGCCCCCAAAUCCAAAACACUGCCCCAUACAUCACCCCAAUCUAAUACACAGCCUCACCAAUCUAAUUCACUGCCCCCCAAUGUAAUACACUGCCCUCCAAUCUGAUACACUCCCCCCAAUCUAAUACACUGCCCCUUAAUCUAAUACACUGCCCAACCCCCUAAUUUAAUACACUGCCCCCUCCAUCCCCCAAUUUAAUACAUUGCCCCCUCCCACUCUAAUACUUUGCUCCCUACAUCAAUCUAAUACACUGCCCCUUAAUCUAAUACACUUCCCCCUCUCCCACCACUUUAAUUUAAUACACUGCCCUACCCCCCAAUUUAAUACACUGCCCCUUCCUUCCCCCAAUUUAACACAUUGCCCUCCUCCCACUCUAAUACACUGCUCCCUGCAUCAACCUAAUACACUGCUCCUUAAUCUAAUAUACUGCCCCACUCUAAUUUAAUACGCUGUCUAAUAUACUGCCCCACUCCCUCCUCCAAAUUAAUAUACUGCUCCUUCCCUCCUCCAAACUAACUGAGGUUUUGUUACAAUGUACUUAAAGGGACGAUGAAGCAGUUUUGGUGUAUAGAACAUGCCUCUGCAGAUUCACUGCUCAAUCCUCUGCCAUUUAGGAGUUAAAUCCCUUUGUUUAUGAACCCUAGUCACACCUCCCUGCAUGUGACUUGCACAGCCUUCCAUAAACACUUCCUGUAAAGAGAGCCCUAUUUAGGCUUUCUUUAUUGCAAGUUCUGUUUAAUUAAGAUUUUCCUAUCCCCUGCUAUGUGAUUAAAGUUCAAUUAAGAGAUUGAGAUACAAUUAUUUAAGGUAAAUUACAUCUGUUUGAAAGUGAAACCAGUUUUUCUUUUUCAUGCAGGCUCUGUCAAUCAUAGCCAGGGGAGGUGUGGCUAGGGCUGCAUAAACAGAAACCAAGUGAUUUAACUCCUAAAUGACAGUGAAUUGAGCAGUGAAAUUGCAGGGGAAUGAUCUAUACACUAAAACUGCUUUAUUUAGCUAAAGUAAUUUAGGUGACUAUAGUGUUCCUUUAAUGGUUCUUCUUCACUUGAAGAGAAGCAGAGAUUUAGUCAGCAGUAGUGUCUUGGCAUAAUUUUGCAUGCAGACCUUGCUACAUCAUAAAUAAUUCUGGCCUCUGGGCAGACACUGUAAAGUUUAUAAACUGCAAUUUGAGAUAAAGUUUGUUUCAUGUCAUCUGUAUUGAAGUGUCUGUGUGAUAUUACAGAACAAAUUUAAUAUGAUUUCAGCUGCAGCAUUUCACAAUAUGACCGGUUAUGGUAUUGAUCGUCUUGAACUGUGAUUAUCAGACAAGAUAUUUUUUUUUUUUCCCGUGAAGUGUCUUGUUUUAAAACAAUAAUUCUGUUACCUCAGAAAUGUCGUACUGGAAAAGAAAUACGAACACUCUAUGUAAUCAGUGCUACUGCCGUCCCACGUACUUAAACUCUCGAGGAGCAAUGUUGACCCAUGCCAGUGAUUGCUAAACUUGACACCAUAAAUUGUUUCUGGACUACAUUUCCCAUGAUGUUCAGUCCACAGCUUUUAGACUCUUAAAGCUAGCUGAGCAUCAUGGGAAAUGUAGUCCAGAAACAAUUUAUGGUGUCAAGGUUAGCCAUCACUGUAAUCUGUCCUUUUAGACUACUAUUUCAAAAUAGAGUGGCCCUCUUUAUUACUUACUGUAGGUCUACAUGGAGUUGACAAAGUAAAAACAUGAUGCAGGUUUUGAUCCUUGAAAGAAAAAAUAAGCACCAUAACUACUACAACACAUAGUUGUCUAGGCUAAAAAAACACUACAGUUCUUCAAGUUAAACCAUGAAGCCUAUUCUUUUGCUGUUGAUUAAAAAUAAAUAAAUACAUUUUUUUAAAGUAGCUAUUUUCUUUUAUGCAACAAAAAGGAAAUAUUGCUUCUUGACUCCAUAAUUGGAUCAAGAACCUGCUUACAUGCAUAUCAAUAUAUAUCAACAUAUAUGAAUAUUAUAUAUGCGAAAAAAGCACCUAAGCCUUUUUAAAAUGUAUUUAUAGAAUCUGAAUAACAGUUUAACUUGUUACUUGGUGUUUGCCGGGUGCUGCGCCUCUCCUCCCUUCAGUCGUCAGGAGAACUGGAAACUACAGCCUAAGAAUUUCCAUUUGCUUUCCUGAGCUCAGCUGUUUGCUCUCAGCCAAUAAGCUAAGCCUUGCAUUGCUGGGCUUAGCUCUCUGAAGAGAGUUUCCGACUAGUUGGAAGCUAAACUACCAGAAAGUAACAGGAACGGUUGUCUGAUUGACAGCCAGUGGGGUGUUACAAGGUUAAUGUUUAAAAAGUACCAAUUUCUAUUGAAACCUGUACUUUUUGUACAAUGAAAAACUAGGACCUAUUCUUAACACAUAAAGCACUUCACCAAGUGUCCCUUUAACUUAAAGCUACAGUGCUUUUGGGAUCUUGGGUGUCCAUUUAAUUUGUUCACGUCUUCCACUUUGAACCAGUUCCCUCCUACAAACAUUGUAUCCCAUGUGUUCAUGUUUGAAAAGGAUUUAUUGCUAUCUAUCCAAUUGAGGGAAGACCAAGAGCAUGAAGUGGGACAAAGUAAAGGAAUUCUCUAACCCUGAACAAAAUGUAGUAGUUGUGCAGUUUGGCUUAACCCACUGAUUGUGCCCAUAGAUUUUCCUUCUUCACAUUUAUUUCCAACCACACAAUGUACAUAACGUGUAGCAAGAAAAUAAAAUGCUUUACACAAUUCAUAUCUAUUAUUUUUUUAUUAUUUUUAUGACCAAUAGAUGUAAAAGACAAAAUGGGUAGAUUUAUCUAGGCAUAACACUGCAAUUUUGGGUGCACCUGUUUUUGCCUUGAUGAAUUUGCUGUGCUGCAGUAUACUAACUAAACACCAAAUUGUAGACAAUUGGAAUUUCAAAAAGUAUGACAAAAGAACCAAAUAGUGACCAAUGCUGAGAUGUAGAAUAUUUCCAAAUUCAUAUUAUUGUCUAAAUUUUGCAAGUCUAUUUUCAAUUCUCUACAGUUCAGCGAUUAGUAAAUAAACUUUAAAAUACAUUAAUGUUUGCUGAUCUGUGCAUAUUAUCUACCUUGAGGGCCAUUGGUUAAUCCAGACAACAUUCUGAUCCAUAUGGUGGUGACUAUUGUCUAAUGAGGAUGGCGUGGUGAUUUUAUAUGAGUUAUGGAUAAUCUGUAUUAUUGUUGGAUUAUUACAUAUUGCAAUUGUUAUGGAAAUCAAUGCUCACUUCAAAUCUUCCAUCUGCUAAGCUAGUGUGAAUCAUGUGUAGUAUGGGUUAGGAAAAGCUUAACUGGACACCUUGUCCAAAACAUUCCCUCGCAUUUUCGAAUCAACGCAUUGGAAAGUGACAUCUUUUGCUUAAUUAACUCCAUUAAGAAAGUGCCAAGAGAUACAUUGUCCAUUUAUCCCCCUUGCCUUGUCACCUGGUCCUCUUGUUGACCACCUUUGUGGCAAGAUAGACAAAUAAUGUUGCCUUCAACUCUUGGAGAUGUUUCUUUAUCCACCCUAGCUUGUUCAGGUUCUGUAUUAAGCUGUAAAUUACUCUGAUUUUUUUAAAUCUGUCAGCCUUCACUCUUACUGGAAGCUAGAGCACAUCACCAAGACCUGGAAUCGAUUUAGAUCAGGAAUGUCCAAUAACAGAUGGACCAUGGUUGAACCUCUCUGCUCAAGAUCACACAUUCCCAAGAUUCUAGGAGUUACACCCUACAUCACACAGCUGGUGGAGAAAACAUGUGCUUUACUGAGGAUUUGUGUCUAUAUCGCAAUAUACUAUACUUGCUAUUUCUCCAUCUUUUACAAUGAAACUGUCUAUGAGCAAACCAAAUGUGAAACAAUUCUUUAUUCCAGGGGUCAUUGUAUCAUCUUUUACCAUUCUAUGAUCAUGCAUUAAAGUAAUGUUUGUAGAAGAUAUAUGGGGCACGGUGUAGAUAGUCAGUUAUGUUAAAAGUGGGAUGUAGAUCAUGGUUCUGGCAUUGGAAGAUUAUAUAUGGUGCAACUUACCACCUGCUCCUGACUCACUGAUUUCAGUUUAUAACUUUCUUGAUUUCCAAAAAAAGCUGCAACAUGACCACCAGUCCACAUCGGCCCUUUUAAUUAACUUGCAUGGGAUCUUACAUGCUAUUCUACCUAUUUAAUACCUGCUAAAUUUGAGUUUGAGAUGUGCACAAUACAUAGUUGAAGCUAAUGAGAGGUCCAGGAGUGUCUGAUAAAUCUCAGUUAUUUCUUGGUUUUAACAGAAACGGCAUAUUUACAGCAAACUGGGGAAAUUCAAAAGUGUGUAUGCCUUUUUCAAAUGUAUUUUUUUAAAUAUGUUUUUAAUGCGUUAUCCCACAGUGCAUUAAAAAAAGGGAGUAAAGUUGAAUUGUGACUUUCCCUUUAGAACACAUUUCAAACCUGUAGAAAUGCGAACGUGUGAUUAAUCAUCAGUAUAGAAAAAUAUAGCUAUAACAAUUAGUUACAUAAAAAAUAAAAAUGAAAAAAAGUUCACAUUUUUACAGCAGCAACCAUUUCAGUUAUGUAGGUAUUGACAAAGUGAUGGUGAGUUGUUGGGUUUCCACCAGUAGUUAGAUUGAGAACAAAGUGGAGAUGAGUUGUGGCGAGUCCAGGGUGCGGGUGUAGUGGUAAGUCGGGAUCAAGGUGCGAGUGAUCAGUUAAUGUUCAGGUGAGCUGGACAAGAACAGAAUAUAAUGUCGGAAUGUCUGGUUGGUUAUAAGAGCUUAGCAAUGCUCCUAUCUUGCUAAGAUUGAGGUAUGAUACAGGUGAGCUGUAAGGCUGGGGCAGAGUGUAUGUAAGCACUUAGGACGAGAGUAAAGUAAUCCUGUAAGGUAGAAGUUCUUAGAUUUAUAGUUUGAAGUCCUGUCCCAUGCUGAAUCAUAAAUACAUGAAAAGAAAAAUGAUAGACUUGAAAUAAAACUGGUUUUUGUUUUUGUUUAAAUGGCCACAUAAAGGUCAGAAUCGAAGUCUAAGAUGUUAAUGUUUUGAGCAUUAACCCCCAGAUACGCCUUUAUUGAGAACAUAUUUUAAUAUGCCUCAGCAACAUUAAGCUUCUGUGUAACAUCCUCGAAACAGAUGCUUCCUGCCAAUGUGUUUUUUCCUCCAAAUAAAUUGUUCCUGUUUUUUUAAUUCCUUCUUUAAUCUAUUAAUACAUUUCCAGAAAUUCUAGUGAUAACGUCCCAGCAGUUAAUUAGCUGCUCAAAGCCAAUCUCCUACAGCAAUAUUUGUUUCGGUAGUUCCUGUAAAGUUGACCCAUAACAAUAGCAGUUGGCCUCUACAUCAAGAUGUCCAUUCUACCUCCACACACCUGUUUUACUGCUCUCGCAGUCCAUUUGUCUUCAAGUAAUUGACAUAAUUUACAAAAAAGAAAAAAGAAAAGGAAAAUAAAUUGUAGUGUCAGCUAAUGAACGCUGAUCGCAAUAUUCUCUCUGCUCGCACUGAAGCAACUGCCAAUAAGUAGCAAAUAUGAGAAUCAUAAUCUGAACCUUGUAUAAAGUUCGGCAACUUCUUGAAACUGAUGCAUGUUUCCCAUAUUCAUUGGAUAAAUUGGAAAAGUCACUUGCCCUUCGUAGCCUUUAAAUGGCUACUGACAUAUGCAUUAUUACACUUAAAUCACAAUAUAUUGUUUUUUUCUUUUCGCAUGAUGCCACAUGCAUGGUUUGUAUAGAAAGUGCAAAAACAGAACAUCGUACCAUAGCUCCACUCAUUGGUCUCUUCAGAUAGCAGGUAAAAUAGCUGAACAUUCUCUAUACUUGGAAGUAGAAUUUUCCUAAAUUAGGCCCACCCUCAGGUAAAUGAUUUGGUGUGAAAACUGGAAUUGCCCUACACAGGAUAAAAUAGCAUGUAACAUAAAAAGUACACACCAUUUUAACUCUGCUUCUUGCAUUUUAACAGGCUGAUGUGCUUUAGUGAGAAGGAGUGUUACUUUAAGAGCUUUUGAUAGAUUUUGGUCUCAUAGUCAAGCUUUAGUAUUUGUCCCCAAUCAAAUCUCUUUAGUUUUGCCCCAAAAAUGAGUUGCUUCCAGAAACAUAAUCCCACCCCCUUAGCCACACCCCCAUCUUUUCACAAAGUGACUUCCUUGUUAGACGUACUCAGCUCAGUCUAUGAGAGAUUCGUGUGAACUGAUCCGUGCGCCACACAGCAUUGUCCUCUUAUUAUAUGCCCCCUUUACCCUUUAUAUACCAUACCGUUCAUUAUUUAUAUUUUUACUUUGUAUUAUUACAACUGCAGGGCUCAGGAAUGACAAUUAUUUUGGGGGGAAUUAGCGGUUGUCUUUUCUUUCUACAGCACCAGCACUGUGAGUUUUUUAACAGGUAGGUUUUAUAAAAGUGCCAAAAUAUUCUUUUAAAACUCGUAUAACAGCAAAUACACACCCAUGUCAUUAUUUUAUGACUUUGACCACUUUAAAUCAGGUUAUGUGGUUAUUAAAAAAUCUUUUCUCAGCCAGAAUCCUUCCUCCACAUUGUGGAAUCCUGCACAUGUCAGCUGGGGGUUACAACGAUUUGCAAAAGAUUAGCUGACAUGUGCUUUGUUUGCUAAGUAAUUUUGAUGGCAUCAUACAAAUAUGCAUUUAGUUAUCCUGAGAAUAUUAGUUAAUCGCCAAACCAUUCAUUCAUAAAAUAUGUUACAUGAUCCUUUCACUCACACUCUCGCUCUCUCUCUCUCUCUUAACUGUCUCAUUCCCUUGAUAGUAGCUGCGAAUUCUUAAUGCAUUUCUGGUUGGGAGUAUAUCCCAUAAAGUAAUGAAUAGAAAUCUGAGAUCUGACGUAAGUGAGAGAUGCGUACGUUGUGCCAGCAUGUAUUACACAAACCUGGCAUCAUGGGCAGUGGGGAUCUAUACGCAUUUUGUAUUUAAAGCAGCAUUUAGGGUCAGUUCUAUAUACAUGUCAGUGGUGAUUAUUGUUAAUGGCUUUUAAUGUUUAAAUUAACUCUUUACUUACCAACGGAAACUUGCAGGGUUAUUUACAAAAGUGAGACUUCAACAUGAAUGUAAAGCAUUGAGAAUUCUCUCAGUUCAGCUAUUUUGACCUUAAAUUUGAGAUUCAAUUUGAAUUCUCACUUGAUGAUACCCUGCUAACAUCUCUGACCUAGGAUCGUAUUGAGUUUACCCUGAGUGGGGCCUAAAACGUCAGAAUUCUCAAUUGAGUGCUAAAGCAUCGUCAAUACAGGUGUUAAUAGUGUCAGGAAAUAUUGCGAUUUAGCUUAUAGGUGGAAAAAUGGCUAUUGAUAGCUGCUGUAUAAAUGUAUAAUGCUGAAAAAAUACAAUACUUGUGAAGGGGCACUAUAGUGUCAUUAACACAAAUGUGUAUUCCUGCCAGUAUAGUUCUAAAACCACUGUUUAGGUGGUCAGCCCCACUUACUUUGGGUCAGAAAGGUAAUUUACUUACCUUUUUCCAGCACCACACAGGGAUCCUUGCAUCUGGUACUGCUCUGAUCUGCCUCCUGAGAUAAUCAGAAAGGAAAGCAUUGGAUUGGCUGAGAUUAGCAAUUUUGAUAAUCUCAUCCAAGGAGGCGGAGUGGGGACAGAGCCAGACAUUGCCCUGACCAAUCAGCAUCUCCCCAUAGAGAUUAAUUGAAUUAAUGUAUCUCUAUGUGGAAAGUUCAGUGUCUCCAUGCAGAGAGUGGAGACACUGAAUUUCAGUGCUGCACAUUUUUCCAAUUGGACUAUUUUCACCUUAAAUUUGAAAUUGGUUUUGAAUAUGCCUAGAAUUCUCCCUUUAGUAAAUAAGCCUGUAUACCUAAGUUUUAACGCAUCAGCAGCAACUUGUUGGAUUUUAUAGUUUUUUUCCUGGUGUUCUGUAAAUGAAAAUGUAUUAAUUUUUAACAGCUUGAGAUAAAUGUUACAUUGUUAAACAGGAAUUGUCACUUCUCUAGUAUUUUUUUUUCUCCUCAGAGUUUCAUUUUAGAGAAAAGAGGUACAAGGUACAAUAAAUGGUGACAGAAUAGAAAAGGUUGAAUGUGUACAAGUAAAUUCACAUAAGUGUCAGGAGCGUUCAAUGUAAGUGCAGUAGUCAUAGCAAAUAACUAAUAAAAUGAAACAGAUAAAAAAGAAACACUGUUUUUUUAAAAGCUAAAAGCUCUUGUUACAGCAUUGCUUAAAUAAUUUAAAAUACUAGAAUAAUAAAAUGUACCGUAAAGUUAUAGAAACUCUAAAGUUAACAAAUAUUUAUUAUUGACAUGUAAAAAAUAAAUGUAGAAUUCCAUAUCUCUUUAUCCUGCUACUGGGUCCCUCCAUUUUAAAGUGAUGCUCUAACCUUUGUGCACAGUUUGCCUUUAUAGGUUAAAAAUUCAAUAUUUUGCAUUGCUAUUAGGCCUAUCUUAAAAGACAAUGAAUUUUUCACUUACCUGCAAUCCAACAACAGGCAAAGCUACCAACGCUGACCUUCCUCCAUCACAAGGGACCUUGCGUGAUUCAUGCGCGCAAUGUGAGCAGGGUAGGGGAGGAGGCUGGGAGGGCUUUUGGGAGUUUGUAUGGAAGAAUUUUGGAAGGGAGGAUGGGAUUGGUUUAUUAACAAAAAAACACAGAGGUAGGCGGGAGGGAGAACCCACAGGGUGGGAGGGAGGGAAGGCCAGUUCACCCUUGCAGGCACUACAUAUUUUCCCAGCGUGCGUUGCUCGCUGAUGACAGAUGUUAAAUAUGCAUAGAAUUGACACUAGGUAUUCCAGAACAGAGUUCUGUGCUGCCUAAGUCUAGUGUGCUGGGGGUGCAACUAGCCUCUAGUACAUAAUUACAAAUAUAUCUGAACGUGCAGUGUUUAAAGUAACACUGAACAUACAGACUGCUGCCACCAUGACCACUUCAAAUCACUGAAGUGGUAAUUGUGGUUGGAGUAACCCUUUACCUUUGUGGCAACCAUUGUUAUAUGCUGGGUUCUUUGCACCUGACAAUCAGCCCAGAGAUAUCAUACAGAGAGGAGGAGAAUCGAAACAGUGUUUCUAUUUCUCCUCUUUAUUUGCAUUUUGUGCCCUGGCUGUGCCUGCUCUGAACUGCAAUUUGAUGUAAGUUGCUAAAUCUUAAAAAAAAAAAAAAAUGAAAAAAAAAAUCAUCUGAGAUGAAAGAGAAUUAAAAUAAAUAAAUAGAGAUUAUGUUUCUCCUCGGAAAAAUAGAUGCUAGGUUAUUGGAAUCCGUGCCCUAAAGCUUAUGUUUUAAACAUGUCACUUAAACAUUUAAAGUUUUUAGAACAUCUUUAUAUCCUAUGGGAAGUAUAUGUCAUUCAGCGCACAGGGAUUAAACCUUCACCUUGCUUGGAGAAAGUUAAACUCGAGCAUUGCUGCUUGCUCAGCAGUGAAGGGGUUAUAGCUUUUGUGCCUUUGCAAUGACAAAAGUGUUUUGUAUUCUGAGCCUGCCAGCACAAGCAAUUCACUUGGAAUGGAAAAAUCUUGUUGGCAUUUACCCGUUUUCGGUAAAGGCCAGAUGCUUUCACACAGAAGGAUUCAAGUUGAGGAUUAGAGAGUCUUAUCGUUUCUUGUAAAUAGCUGUCUCUGAAAGAUUCCUUGUUCAAGAAAACAUGUAUUUGAUGACACUUUUUUAUUGAUUUAGCGUUUAUCAUUUAAAAAGGUUAAACAUAAGAUUUCCGAAUAUGGUAUUAUUUCUCCUAGUUUAUUGUAAUAGUGUGCAGGGUGAUGUGAGGAGCCAUUUACUUCUGAUUGAAGUUGAUGUAAUCAGAGGAAAAAGAGGGAGAGAUGGAAAAACCUAAGGAAGGGUGACUUCUUUUUUUUUUUUUUUACAAUAACACUUGCUUUAUUAUUCACACACUGACAUACACACACUCUCACUGAUUUGACACACACACACACACUCACUGACAGACACACGCUGAUAGACUCACUUACAGAUAAACUCCGACACACACACUAAGUCAUUUGACAAUCACCUACAGACACACUCUGGCACACACACACUCACUGGCAGACACAAACAUGCUCACUAACAGACACACACUCUCAAUGACAAAUUUAGUGACACACUCCCUGAUUUGACACACUCACACAUACACAUUAUCUCACACACUAACAAACGAUUUUUAUUUAUAUCACAUACCUGUCUCUUGCUCUCUCAUAAAGGGCAGCACUCUACUCUCUCCUCCAGCUGUGCUUCACCCCCACCUUAUUUGAUUGCUAUUUCCUGUCCUAAUGUGUUUUAUACCCCACCUCCUAUAGACUGUAAGCUCGUUUGAGCAGGGUCCUUUUCAACCUAUCGUUCCUGUAAGUUUUCUUGUAAUUGUCCUAUUUAUAGUUAAAUUCCCCCCUCUCAUAAUAUUGUAAAGCUCUAUGGAAUCUGUUGGCGCUAUAUAAAUGGCAAUAAUAAUAAUAAUAAUAAUAAUAAUAAUAAUAAUAAUAUUCCUUUUUUAUUUAUUUAUUUAUUUAUUUAUUUUUUAAGCCCACCCAGCCUCCCUACCUUUAUGAGAGCUGGUGUCUCUCCCUAGUGUCUAGUGUGGAGCUGCUUGAAUCUUUUUGUUCUUCCUCAUUGCUCCCUCGUGCGCCGGGAGUGGAGUGAGGUCAUAUUCCAGCUCCUGGCAUCAUCACAGAGGGCGUGCGAGGAAGCAGUGAGGAAGAGCAGGAGCAUCACCACUCCCUUGCCACCCAUGCUCAGCCCACCCCCAGACAUACUGUAUUUCAGCAGAGUAGGAACCUGCCGUUAAGGUAAGCAUGUGCCUACUCUGUCUUAGCGAACAGCCGGCCACCUCUUGGGGAGCCAUAAGGUGGCCAGUCAGCCAGCUCAUAGACCCCCUGACAGGUGGAAUACAGGGGGCCCAGUCACACUCUAAACCUCAGUGACCCCUGUAGUUCUGCCACUGGCUUUACCCUAGGUGGCUGUGUCCUAGGCAGCUGCCUAGUUUUCCUAGUGGUAAUGCCGGCCCCACUGGCGUACAUAUCACGGUCGCAGGGGUCGCAGCUGCGACCGGGCCCGGCCCACCAGGUCGCAGGGGUCGCGUCCUGUGACCCGGUAUGUACACCAGUUUGCCAGCCUCUUCUCCUGGGGGGGACCAGGAGCUGGCCACUUCAGGGCCCCCUGAGGCUGGCCCUGGUGUCACCGGGCAGGCUGGCGUGCGCGCGAGGGAGCAUUCACCCCUGAGUGUUCUCUGCCCAGCUCCCUCGCAUGCACCACAGUGAUGCUGGCCAGAGCCGGAAUAUGACGGCAUCAGUAAGCGGCGCGCGAGGGAGCUGGGCAGAGAGCGCUCAGGGGUGAAUGCUCCCUCGCGCGCCCGCAUGACCGGCCACCGGGCAGCCCCACUGGACCCCAGGGAAUCCCCUCAGCCCUCCCAAAGGUAGGGAGGCUGGGAGAUCACAUUUUAAAAAAAUGUGUGUAUGUAUAUGUGUGUUAGUGUUAGUUUUUGUGUCAGUGUGUGUUACUGUGUGUGUGUCUGCUAGUGAGUGUCAGUGAGUGUGUUAGUUAAUGUGUUAGUUUGUGUGUGUCUGUUAUUGAGUGUGUGUCUGCUAGUUGGUGUCAAUGUGUGUUAGUUUGUGUAUCAGUGAGUGUGUGUGUCAGUGAGUGUGUUACUGUGUGAGUCUGUUAGUGUGUCUGUUAGUGUGUGUCUGUUAGUCAGUCUGUUUGGUGUCUUAGUGAGUGUGUGUUUGUCAGUGAGAGUGUAUGUUUUGUAAGUGAGCGUGUAUGUGUGUCUGUCUGUCAAUGAGUGUGUCUCUGUCAGUAAAUGUGUGUGUCUAUUAGCUAGUGUGUAUGUGUUUGUUCGUGAGAGUGUGUGUGUUUAACCCCUUAAGCACACAUGACCUGUGUGACAUGUCAUAAUUCCCUUUUAUUCCAGAAGUUUGGUCCGUAAGGGGUUAAAACACCUUCAGCACUUACCUUUCUCCAGCACCGGACUCCCUUGGCGCUGGGGAUCCCUCCGCCCCGAUCCGCCUCUCAGCUCCGAAUGUGCAUGCGCGGUAAGAGUGGCGCGCACAUUCAAACUGCCCAUAGGCAAGCAUUACUCAAUGCUUUCCUAUGGACGUCCAGCGUCUUCUCACUGUGAUUUUCAUAGUGAGAAUCGCGGAAGCGCCUCUAGCGGCUGUCAGUGAGACAGCCACUAGAGGCUGGAUUAACCCUCAGUGAAACAUAGCAGACUAACUAGAAGGACCUGGCGCCCCGACAACUUCAUUGAGCCGAAGUGAUCUGGGUGUCUAUAGUGGUCCUUUAAGUGUAUGUGUAUCUGCAUGUACUGGCGUACAUACCGCGGACGCAGGGGUCGCAGCCUGGCGACCCCUGCGACCAGGUGCCCGCCACCAUGUGUUGCGGCCCCGGCCCGCGCAGAGCAAAUGGGGGGGGGCCAUGGAUCAAUUUUCGCACCGGGGCCCCAUGGGUAGUGUGUACGCCACUGGCUGGCCCUGUCUGUAUGGUUCUCUCUCUGUCAAUCUCUGUCGGGUGUAUAGUUAAAUAUCUGGAAUAUUUAACUCUGGGCUAUAAGGAUUUGUCAAUAUAGGAAGUUGGUGUAGAGCCAUUUAUUGUUUUACAACAUUGUGAAAAGCAAGACUCGUAAACCAUCUGGUUUAAUGCUCCAGGGAAAAAGGGAUUGUAUGCACAUGGAGAUGUUAAAUCAGAUAUACUUAGAAACGAACAAUUAUGAAUAAAUGUGAUUAUGUAACAUGUUGAUGAUUUCAUUUAACGGGACUCUAUAGGCACCCAGACCAUUCCAUCUCAUUGAAGUGGUCUGGGUGCAGUGUCCCUGUUCCCUUAACACUGUGAUGUAAAACAUUGCAGUUUUAGAGAAAUGGCAGUGUUUUCAUUUCAGGGGUAAGACUGCCUCUAUUGUCUGUCUUCCAGAGAGCCACUGGGGGCGCUUUUUGCUGUUUCACGCUUUACAUGAGGAUGUCCAGCAUCUGAUUAAUCCCUGUAGAAAGACAUUGAUUCAAUGCUGUAGAUCAGUAGUUCCCAACAUUUUUUUCACCCCUUAUAUUAGCAAAAUGGUUGUAACAUUUUGUAAUUGUAUCAUUUAUUGUUGAAUUUCACCUGUUAUAAUAUUGUAAAGCGCUGCGGAAUAAGUUGGCAUCAUAUAAUGCCAAUAAUAAUAAUAAUACUGUCCUGAAUGAAGUUAGUGUUUAACCCUUUGAUUGCCGGCAGGGCAGAGGAUACUAUAGUGCUAGAAAUUUAGUUUUGUAUUCAUUUCCUAAAACUAUAGUGUUCCUUUAAGUAAAUACAUCAAUCAUAAUCAACUGGGCAUUACGCAGAUAGCUAAUAGCAACAUAGCUAAUGUUUUAAAAAUAAAUUGGGUGGAACGUCACCAGCCCACCAUGUGAAAAAAUGACAGAGUAUAACAAGCAGUGUACUGUGACUACUCCAAUGUAUGGAUAUAGUGUUUUAGCUCAAUUAGAACAUUGUUACCAUCAGAUACAUUAAUCGACAGCAAAACUGCGACAUCGCUUGCAAAUUGUAGCCACAGAUAAUAAAUUGUUAUUGAGCACUUAUGUGGACUUAUCCUUUAGGCUCAUAAUGGUCAGUGGCUUUGUUAAUCUCCAUUUGUGUGUGUACCCUAACACAUCUCUGUCUGUUUGUCUAUGUGUAUGUGUGUGUGUGUAUAAAUAUAUAUAUUAUGUGUGUGUGUGUAUAAUAUAUAAGGUCUGUGUGUGUGUCAAGAGAGAGAUGCACAGACAUAUAGAACAGUCAGCAUAGAGUAUGCUGAUCUAGUGCAUAAAAUACAUAUUUGGCUCCAGAAAAGCCAACAUUUUUGAGGGACAUAGAAGCAGCUAAGUCAUAGAAGCAAGAAUUUCUCAUACAUUUACUUCCAAGCCUAUGCCCUAGUGUUACAAAGUUACUGCAGGUUAAAGAGGGACAGAGAUAAGCAAACUAUUGACAUGAUAUGUGUGGCUAAUAAACAUAUGACUCCUUUUAGCUAUAUUUAGUUAUCGAGUGUAGACAAAAGGUUUCUGAAACGUUCCUAUCUUUAUGACAGAGCUCUUGAUCCCAUAUAGCUAAAGACCCCCUCCGCCCACCCCUUCCCCCCCCCCAUCCUACCUGAUAUAAUUCCGACAUCAAAAGGCCAAGAAAAAAAGAGGCGCAUAAAAAGCCACUCACCUAAUAAAAAUUCAUUACUUUCUCUCCACAGGAAGCAAUUUGCACACACAGUGUAAUAAUAGCAUAUUGAUACUUAGGUCGCUUGUUGUAGAAGAGACAUGAAGAGAAAAUCUGUUACAUGAGGGCUGGUAAGCACAGCAUAUAAAACAGAGGAUAAAGCAGACCCAACAAGCCCUAGCACUGUACAGAGUAUUGUAUUCCCAUAAUCAAUAUAUAUUGUAUUCUACUAAUUAAUUAACUAUACUACCACCUACCUACCAUGAUCAAUGACCCAGGAAGGGUGAUAUUUGAAGCGGCUCUGUCACUUGUACUGAAUUCGAUGUGCUGGUCCCACUGGGUCAUCGUAUUUUAAAGUGUCUAAGAUGGUACCACUUGGAAAUCCCACCCUCUGCCCUUCUGUUGGGUGUGAAAUCACGUUCAUGACCCAGUGCUUACACAGACCUCAGUUGACUUUCAUAAUCACGCGCUAAUCAACACUGAGGUUCCGUGACACAAUGCUUCCCGUAAGUGACGCAAUGCUGAAUGGUGGUGAGUACUGACCAAAAUGGCCACUGACAAAGGUGACAAAGGACAUGGAACGUGAUUAAAGGGGCAUUGGUGUACAGUCCGUGGAGAAAGGGUCUCUUAGAGUGCCCGCACAUUCAGGAUGUCACUUGUUGCUGAGUGAGCCACAAGGGGUGCCUCUAAAUAUCCACAAAUUAAAUAUAGGCUGGGGAGGGUAUGUCAGUCACAUUAUUUACGACUCGGCUAUUUGGUUUAAUAGUACUUUUGUACCUAAAAAGUGUCUGCUUUGUGUAAUACACACAGAAAAAUACACACAGAUAUACCAAUAUACAAAUCUACAAAAAUACAUCUGUGUACACAGACAUAUGUAGAUAUAGCACACAGACAAACAUGCACUGCCAUACUAAAAUCUCUUAUUAGAAUUGUUCUAGAUCAGGGUUGCCCAAUAGGUAGAUCCCCAGAUGUUGUAGAACUAAUGUUUUGUCAUUCCAAAGGCAUGCAAAGCAUCAUGGGAGUUGUAGUUCUAAAACAUCUGGGGAUCUACCAAUUGGGCAGCCCUGUUCCAGAUUCUCUAAUAAUCUCUACUCACACACUCAUUUUAUCUCAUUGGAUUAUAGUAUUAGGAAUGACAGAAAUAUUUUUGCUCUUUUGUUAAACACUUACACCAGGAAUAAAAGACAGCGUCUUCAGUCAAGAUAUUUAUUUAAAGAGUAGGGAACAUCACACUCUCUCUCUGUGUUUUUAUAUGCCUGAAAAGAAAGAUUGGCUUUUUUCAUUAAUUUAUAUGAAAUUGUUAGAUAUAAUAACAGUAUAAUGGGCUCACCUGGGAGAUCUUGAGAAAUGAGUACUCUUCACAUGUAUACUUGGAGAAGCUUAACUACCUGUUUCUAAUUACCUUAAUGACUAAACCUGUGCGCUUCAGGAGAAAAUUCAACUGUUAUGAACUGUAAAUCACUCUCAUCGGGAUCCAUUAAUUUGUUUAAGUGACACAUGCACCUUUUAUACUAUUUCUAUGAAAGAAUACAAUGCUUGAUAAGACACUUCGCUGUCUUAUUUUUUUCUUUUUAAAGCUGUUAUAUGUAUAACAUAGAAUAAAAGGCACCAGUAUGGCUCAGAGCACAUUCAGAAAAAAAUGUUUUGCGUUUUUCAAAGCUAUUUUAAAUCACGUCUCCUGUACAAAUAUGGGGAUUUAGUCACGCCAUAUGUCCACAUUGUGUUUAAGCCCAGCACUGUUUACAUUGUUAAAUUCCAAGAUGGGAUAAAAUCUAUACUGAGAGUUUCUUCACUACCUAUCUGUACCAAACAACUCUCCUAUAAUUUAAACAUUUUGGAGGUUAUUAUUAUGGAGUGUUGUGUUUAUGGAGUCGUGAGAUGCUCACACAGAACUUAGUUAAAACUUAGCAACACAAUUCACCCUGAGACAUUUACAAGAAUCAGCGGCGCACUAGUCGUACCUUGACUUGUUUUCCAUGUUUAGUGCUCUGCACCUCUGAACACCUGAGAAAUUGCUACACUUAGUUUGAUUUUUGACAAAUGGUCCUCACCUGCUCAGUGUUUUUUAGCUAUUCUGUUAUCAGUCUUUGGUCAGUGCUAAUAUUGUGUUGAACUCCCGUGUUGGACAUCAAAUUCUUACAUUUCAAUCUGUAUGUUUUGCUCCCAUAUUGCUUGUUUUAUUGUAUUCUUUAAUAGUGCCUUAUCUAGUACUUCACAUCACUGCAUGUGUCCAUCCAUUUAUGGAGAAAAUAUUGUACUGACCAUCUAUUAAAAAUGUAAUGAGAUGUAAUGUAUUCUCAGAGAAAAUGGGGGAGCAGAGGGUGGUCCACGGAAAAAGGAAAAUACUUGCAAUGCCAAUCGCCCACCCUGCCAACAACAUUGGCUGCUUUACCAAUUCUGUGAGCUUCUGCGGUGUGUGGAUCUACUACCUUUCUUUGAGGUAGCCUUCAUUUUGGCUGAAAAUUGUAAUUUAGUUUUAGGCAUAGUCUUUUGACAAAAAAAGCAUUUUAGUUUUUGUUUAAUUUUAGUCGACUAAAUCUCCAGUAGAUUUUAGUCGACACAACUAAAAUCGAAUGGAUUUAGUUAAAGCCUCUAUCUGUCUCUUUUGCCCCUUCCCCUAGUCCCUCUGUGUCUCUUUGUAUCCUCCAAAUCCCUCCAGGUGUCUCUCUCCCAAGCCCUGGUCUGUCUCUUUUGCCCCUUCCCUAGUCCCACUGUGUCUCUUUGUAUCCCUCCAGCCCCUCUAGAUGUCUCUCUCCCAAGCCCUGAUCGGUCUUGUUUGCCUCUUCCCCAGCCCCUCUGUGCAGUGUUACAACUUGGCGGCAAAUUGUAGUUUAGUUUUAAUUAUAGUCUUUUGACUAAAAAGCCAUUUUAGCUUUAGCCGUAUUUUAGUCAACUGAAUUGUUUUACUUUUAGUCUAGUUUUAGUCGACUAAAUAUAAAAAAUUUUAGUCGACUAAAAUUUGACUAAAAUUGGUUAAUGUGGUGGCAUUGGAGUGCAUUUUUCUUUGUAUCACUCUGUCUGACAACCCAGAAAGCAGCAAUCCUGGAAAUGCAUGCUUGAUAUUAGAACCAUGUCCAUUGCACCAAUGGUUAAGGAAAGGCGCAAGCUUUAACCUUCCCCUUUAACCUUCCCUUCUAGGUAGGUGGCCAGUGCUCCCCUUAUAAAGCCCCAUCAUUCCGCAGAGAGACUGUAUGGACAUCGGAUGACUCUUCACGCAGCACUCUUAACAUUCACCCACCUGUGGGAUGAUGGCAUUUGGUAUUGGUGAUCCCAGCCCUGCCUACAGUCAGUGGGUAGGAUAGAUAAGAGUCCCUCUCCUGGAAUUGAAACCCCUUGUUCUUGUUUAGGUUCCCACUAAUUGUACAUUUCAUAGAAUUAUGGCAUUAUGCAUACUGUCUCUCUGAAAUUCAGUGCUAAAUGAUACUUGGUAUCAUACAAAGCUUUUAAGUUGUUGUUUUUUCCAUUAACAUGGGUUUGCACUGAAUUUCAAGUGAUGUAUCAGAAUAGCAUAUGUUCUCAUCAUCUCAACAACUACAGGGAGUGCAGAAUUAUUAGGCAAAUGAGUAUUUUGACCACAUCAUCCUCUUUAUGCAUGUUGUCUUACUCCAAGCUGUAUAGGCUCGAAAGCCUACUACCAAUUAGGAAUAUUAGGUGAUGUGCAUCUCUGUAAUGAGAAGGGGUGUGGUCUAAUGACAUCAACACCCUAUAUCAGGUGUGCAUAAUUAUUAGGCAACUUCCUUUCCUUUGGCAAAAUGGGUCAAAAGAAGGACUUGACAGGCUCAGAAAAGUCAAAAAUAGUGAGAUAUCUUGCAGAGGGAUGCAGCACUCUUAAAAUUGCAAAGCUUCUGAAGCGUGAUCAUCGAACAAUCAAGCGUUUCAUUCAAAAUAGUCAACAGGGUCGCAAGAAGCGUGUGGAAAAACCAAGGCGCAAAAUAACUGCCCAUGAACUGAGAAAAGUCAAGCGUGCAGCUGCCACGAUGCCACUUGCCACCAGUUUGGCCAUAUUUCAGAGCUGCAACAUCACUGGAGUGCCCAAAAGCACAAGGUGUGCAAUACUCAGAGACAUGGCCAAGGUAAGAAAGGCUGAAAGACGACCACCACUGAACAAGACACACAAGCUGAAACGUCAAGACUGGGCCAAGAAAUAUCUCAAGACUGAUUUUUCUAAGGUUUUAUGGACUGAUGAAAUGAGAGUGAGUCUUGAUGGGCCAGAUGGAUGGGCCCGUGGCUGGAUUGGUAAAGGGCAGAGAGCUCCAGUCCGACUCAGACGCCAGCAAGGUGGAGGUGGAGUACUGGUUUGGGCUGGUAUCAUCAAAGAUUAGCUUGUGGGGCCUUUUCAGGUUGAGGAUGGAGUCAAGCUCAACUCCCAGUCCUACUGCCAGUUCCUAGAAGACACCUUCUUCAAGCAGUGGUACAGGAAGAAGUCUGCAUCCUUCAAGAAAAACAUGAUUUUCAUGCAGGACAAUGCUCCAUCACACGCGUCCAAGUACUCCACAGCGUGGCUGGCAAGAAAGGGUAUAAAAGAAGAAAAUCUAAUGACAUGGCCUCCUUGUUCACCUGAUCUGAACCCCAUUGAGAACCUGUGGUCCAUCAUCAAAUGUGAGAUUUACAAGGAGAAAACAGAUCAAAACACUGACAGAAUCCAUGGAUGGCAGGCUUUUGAGUGUCCUUGCAAAGAAAGGUGGCUAUAUUGGUCACUGAUUUGUUUUUGUUUUGUUUUUGAAUGUCAGAAAUGUAUAUUUGUGAAUGUUGAGAUGUUAUAUUGGUUUCACUGGUAAUAAUAAAUAAUUGAAAUGGGUAUAUAUUUGUUUUUUGUUAAGUUGCCUAAUAAUUAUGCACAGUAAUAGUCACCUGCACACACAGAUAUCCCCCUAACAUAGCUAAAAUUAAAAACAAACUAAAAACUACUUCCAAAAAUAUUCAGCUUUGAUAUUAAUGAGUUUUUUGGGUUCAUUGAGAACAUGGUUGUUGUUCAAUAAUAAAAUUAAUCCUCAAAAAUACAACUUGCUUAAUAAUUCUGCACUCCCUGUAAUUUAAAUAGCAUCAUUUGCACCACCCAAAGUACUACAUUACUGCGAGUUAGAAAAACCUCACAAGCUUGAUUUCAAGAGCAGACAGAUUAUAUUUAACCUUUGGUACUUCAGUUAGUGGGCUCCUCAGCAGAGCUGAUAAUUAUCUUUGCUUUCCACCAAUCUCUUGCCACAUGUGUGAAAAUUGGGAUGAUGGAACGAUCAGAAAUCAAAUAAAGUGGCUGGAAAAGCAAUGUUUAAUACAAUUAACAAUGAGUUUCCUUUGUGCAGUAAAAGAGUUAAGUUACCCAUCAAAGCAUUGCCUUGAGCUUUAGUUAAGAAAGGUCACAACUGUUUGUUAGUGGUCACGACAAAAUUAGGAAAACAAAACGCAAUUGGACAAUAUUUAGUUAAGUUCUAAGAAUUAAAUCCGCCUUUAUUUUGAAGUUGGUCAUUAAAGUGUAAAUUAUUGUUAAAACUAAGGUAGCGAACGUUCAUCAGGGUAAGAGCUGGAUUUAAAUUAGGGUUGGCAGUUUACUCAUUAAAAGUUUUUGUUUUUGGGCUGGGAGGUUAACGUCCACAAAAUUUUAAUUUCUAUUGGCUUAUUAAAGUUUAUUCUGUUGGAAUCAGAAUUUUCCGAUUUGUGAUCUAAAUAUUUUUUUUAAUUAAGUCCUAAUUUUUUCCUUUAACAAGAUUUAUUUAAGUGUGUAUCAAAUAUGGUAAUUUAUUAUUUGUAGAAUUCCGUAUACUGCACCAUUGUAAUCCUAGUGUAUCAUCAGACUCCACCCAUUCUUGGUGGGCUGGGGCUAUAAUUAAACAGGGGACAUCCAAAUGACCUCCCAUGGAUGGGAUCUGAUGGUACACUAGGAUGUCUCCCAGUUAAUAGAUCAUUUUGAAUUUGCACACACGGGUAAUGGCGUAGUGAUACUUAGGUCGAUUGUUCUUACACAGAAAUAAAGAAAAACCAAUGCAGAUAAACCAAAUUACAUAGUUAUAUCUUACAUAAGGUAGAGGGUAGUAGAUAGGUGGCACCAGUAAUAAAGAGCAAGCAGAUAAAAAUAAUAAUAAUAUAGUCUAAGUAAUUAAAAGUCCAAUAGUUUGAGUUCAAGAAUGUCUUUUGAGGGACUGUAUGUAGAAGCUAACGGAAAUGUAGACUAUGGGAUAACAGCUCCAUAAGUUGAAGAUGUUCUUACACUCCUAUGUGAAAAUAAAAGAGACAACUAAUGGUGCAGAAUAUACAACAAUCAGGUGUUAUUGGUUAUUCUGAUUGUUGAAUAUACUGCACCAUUAGUUGUCUCUAUCUACUACCCUCUACCCUAUUGCUUUGUCUGCCUGUAAGGCUUUCUUGAGGGAGCCUUACUACCCUUGUGUGCUGCCCAAUUAUCCAUUGAUUUAUCUGUACCAAUACCUUGAGCACUGACCCAUUUCUACCCUUUUAUAUCUUACAUGCUGGUUAAAAGAGCAUAUAAGACACAUGAUUUAUAACACGACAUUGGACUGUACAGAAUACUGUCCGAAAUCACUAUAAAAUAGACUUGACUCAUUUGGGGGUGGGGUAAUGUUAAUAUCAAUAAAGCGGCUGGAUAUACUAUUGUCUACACCCGUUAAAACAAAAGGGGUUGAAGAUGCUACUAUCCACCUUCACCCAUAAGCUUUGGGUGGGGCCUAUUGUUUGAUUAACUAAAAUAAUAGAUCAGGGUGGUGCAGUAGACAUUGCUUACCUAGAUUUCAGUAAGGCUUUUGACACUGUUGCACAUAGAAGGCUUAUCAAUAAACUGCAAUCUUUAAGUUUGGAUUCCAAUAUUGUUGAAUGGGUAAGGCAGUGGCUGAGUGACAGGCAACAGAGGGUUGUAGUCAAUGGAGUAUAUACGAAGCAUGGGCCUGUCACCAGUGGGGUACCUCAGGGAUCUGUACUUGGACCCAUUCUUUUUAAUGUUUUAUUAGUGAUAUUGCAGAAGGUCUUGAUGGUAAGUUAUGUGUUUUUGCUGAUGAUACUAAGAUAUGUAACAGGGUUGAUGUUCCAGGAGGGAUAAGCCAAAUGGCAAAUGAUUUAGGUAAACUAGAAAAAUGGUCAGAGUUGUGGCAACUGAAAUUUAAUGUGGAUAAGUACAAGAUAAUGCAUCUUGGAUGUAAAAACCCAAGGGCAGAGUACAGAAUAUUUGAUAGAGUCCUAACCUCAACAUCUGAGGAAAGGGAUUUAGGGGUGAUUAUUUCUGAUGACUUAAAGGUAGGCAGACAAUGUAAUAGAGCAGCAGGAAAUGCUAGCAGAAUGCUUGGUUGUAUAGGGAGAGGUAUUAGCAGUAGAAAGAGGGAAGUGUUCAUGCCAUUGUACAGAACACUGGUGAGACCUCACUUGGAGUAUUGUACACAGUACUGGAGACCGUAUCUUCAGAAGGAUAUUGAUACUUAGAGAGAGUUCAGAGAAGGGCUACUAAACUGGUUCAUGGAUUGUGGGAUAAAACUUACCAGGAAAGGUUAAAGGAUCUUAACAUGUAUAGCUUGGAGGAAAGACGAGACAGGGGGGAUAUGAUAGAAACAUUUAAAUACAUAAAGGGAAUCAACACAGUAAAGGAGGAGACUGUAUUUAAAAGAAGAAAAACUACCACAACAAGAGGACAUAGUCUUAAAUUAGAGGGACAAAGGUUUAAAAAUAAUAUCAAGAAGUAUUACUUUACUGAGAGGGUAGUGGAUGCAUGGAAUAGCCUUCCAGCUGAAGUGGUAGAGGUUAACACAGUAAAGGAGUUUAAGCAUGCGUGGGAUAGGCAUAAGGCUAUCCUAACUAUAAGAUAAGGCUAGGGACUAAUGAAAGUAUUUAAAAAAAAUGGGCAGACUAGAUGGGCCGAAUGGUUCUUAUCUGCCGUCACAUUCUGUAUUGUUGACAAUGUGGGGGCUGUGGAUUUGCCAUUGCAUAGUUAGAGUCCCCUAAAUAAACUCCCUUGGAUGGCUUGGGUCCCCCUGGUUCCUAGUUACCCCCACAACAAUAAAAAAAAAGAUACCUACCACCCUCAACCUUAAAAUAGUGAGGGGGGGGGGCGGCAGAAUAAAUCUAAUACAUGUGAUUUUAUACUUACCAUCAGAUGUCUUCAUUUUUUUCUUAAAUCUUCUUUUCUUCAGCCCAAAUGCUGAACUCCAAAAGGCUGAAUAAAAUCCAUAACAACUAACAAGACUAUUUAAAAAAAGAGCUGCUUUGCAAAAAAAUACAGUAAAAAAGAAAAGGGCUAAAGAAAAGAAGACUAAAACAGCUUCUGAUAUAAGCAUAACAUUUUAUUUUACAUGUGUUACAUCUAUUCGGCAACAAUCACUAUUAUUAGGGUGAGGGGAUUGGCAGAAUGUAUUUCUCUUAUUGUUUGGUGGUGGCUAUUGGCUUGGGGUUCCCUUGCUACCGAGGACUGUUAUUUAGGCUGCCCUAAGUUUAGAUGGGUGGACAAUAUUGAGUCACCCUCCCAAUUGUCAUAAAUACCACCCAUCCAAAGCUUAUGGGUGGGGGAGACAGUAGCAUGUCCACCCCCGCUUGUUGAAAGAGAGGUGGACAAUAACAUGUCCAUCCACAUGUUAGUAUUAACAUAGCCCCCUCUCAUUGUGCCCAAUGGUGGGGCUAGGGGACUUUGUUUAUUUAAUUGUAGCCCAAACCCACCUUCUAUGGGUUGGGCUGAAGGGACACUAGUACCAGACCCUGGACCUUGGGGUUUAUGUCUUGGUCACUCAAAGGACUAAAAAUGAGAGUACACAGAACAUGCCCCAAAAUAUAAAAUAUGGUUAAAAUUAAUGUUGGCCACACUUGGAUGCUGGUCUCUGGGGACGUCCUUCUGGCUGUGGUCUCAUUUCAUGAAUAGUCUUUGUAGAAUCAUGUAGAUGAUCCAGAUAUUUAUUAAUGAGAAAAUACUAUAAAUAUAAUUAACAUGUUAGGCACUUUGUUUACAUAUCCAGCUGGCACAAUGAGCCUUUUAAAAUUAGCACUUUUUGUAAGGGACUGUGAUUGUGUUUAUGAUGCCAGCAGUGCCAGAGAAGAAGAAUCCUAGAUGAGUAGUUUGGUUGUGUGAUCAUAAUCCAGAACAUUAGGAAGCAGGAUGUAAUUCAAAUUAGAAUUGCUAACCUGGAAACAAAAUUUCACACUCUGAUGCUAAUGGCAACAUGUAUGGCCAUUUCUAACCUGUCUUGUGGAACCUAUCAUACAUUGUAUCCAAAUAUCCUCUUCUGUCUUAGACAUCUGCAAAAGAUAAUAUAUCCUUUAUCUCCUUCCAACAUCAAAUUAAACUAAUACUGGCUUUUCUGGAGACAGAGUUGAAUUUUUCCAGAGUUGAUCUGUAGCUAGACAAUUGGGUCAGAGCAUCUCCAAAGCAGCAAUUCUUUUGUUCCUGGUAUGCAGUGGUUAGUACCUACCAAAAGUAAUGCAAGGAAGGACAACCAUUGAACCAGCUUUAGGCUCAAGGGUUCCCAAGGCUCAGUGAUGAACCUGGGUAGUGAAGGCUGGCCCAUUUGGUUUGAUCCCACAGAAGAGCUACUGUAGCUCAAAUUGUUCAGAUUGCUUUUAGAUCAGGUGGAUAGCCAGUUGAGUGCGAAUUGUUUACCUGGGGAAGAGAUGGCAGCAGGAUGUACUUUGGGAAGAAGACAGGCCGGUGGAGGUAGUGUUAUGCUCUGGGCAAAGUUCUAAUGAGAAACUUUGGGUUCUGACAUUCAUGUGUUACUUUGACAUGCACCAUAUUGCAGACCACAUACACCUCUUCAUGGCAAUGGUAUUCCCUGAUGGCAGUGCCUCAUUCAGUAGGAUAAUGCACCCGGCCACACAGCAAGCAAAAAAUGUUCAGGGAUAGUUUGAGGAACAUGACAAAGAGUUCAAGGUCUUGCCUUGCCCAAAUUCCACAUGUCUCACUCUGCUUGAGCAUCCGUGGGACGUGCUGGAACAACAAAUCCGAACCAUGGAGGCCUCACCCCACAAUUUGCAGGACUUAAAGGACCUACUGCUAAUGUCUUGGUGCCAGAUACCACAGGACGAAUUUAACAAGAAGGUUGCAUUUACCCAUUGUGACGGUAGUAUAAGGUAUCACCGUCAAGCAUUCCCUUCUUCCCAUAAAAGAAAGUCACCCAAUAUUCCACAAGUAGAAAUAUCCCUGGAAUCGCCGAAUAAUCCACACAUGAGCCAAAGCUUAAUGAUGGAACAAGACUUUACUGGAAGUAACAAGAACAGGUAUUCAAGCUACAGUUUCUUUUAUGCCCUGCUCCCAUGCAGGGGAGGGACACAUGUUAUCUACAGUAGCCAAUAAAACAGAGGUUACAGCCCACACAAAAUCCUCCCCUCUGCCUGUGAUUCAAUUAUCUUAUACAAUAGAAAAUCAAUUAUCACAGGUAGGAAAAAUACAGUUUUUACAGCAUAUUCAUAACUUCUAAAAUAUACAUCACAUUCACAUAAAAUUUAUAUAUUUACAAUCAAUCCAUUCAGGGAAUCAACAUAUCAAAAAAUGGCAUGAAUCAGAACAGGGGUUCAGAAGUUAGUAAAGUAUCUUUUGGGGCCUGGCUGGCAGCAUGGCUAUCUAGCCCAAACCGGUUUUACAGAGCCCUCUAUCCUGGAGAAAAUGGGGAAAAUAAUCCAAUUAUCCAGGAAUAGAGGCAGACUCCAUUGAGCACAUGUUCCCAGUAAAACACUAAAGGAUACGAAAAUACAUAACUCCUAUCAUACUGAAUUGAACGGGCCAAAUCUCCCAGGGUCCAUAGUCACAGGGCAAGAGGCGGGCAAGCAGUCCUCUCCAGGCACAAGUGGCGAAGGGCACUUCGUCACAGUAAUAAAUCCAUGAAUAAAGUAGCAGGGAGGGAAAGUAUCGAAUGAAUGGAGGGGGAUUCUUCACACCCAUUGUAUUAUAACCCAACUUAAUGGUACUUAGUUUAUGGACCUUGCAAGGACAAAAGAGUGAUUUUUGCCAAAAAUCCCACCUGUCGCACUGAGCUAUCUGAGCUAUCUCUCUCAGUCGACAUGAAGUGUUUGAAGUAUUGCUGCACGUACCGUAUAUUCUCUCAUACUCUAAGAAAAUCAUGUGGGUAUAAAAUAACAUUUUAUAUAAUCAAGGCAAAAUGGAUACAAUCAUGGAGCUUUAAGUGGACGCUUUACAAGAUGCAGUACAAGGAGAAUGCAUAAGGAAACGAGGUGGGGAAAAGUACUUUCAAGCCACUUUCAUUUAAAAAGCCACAUAAGGACAAAAAUGCAAUGGGCUAUUAGACUUGGUAAAAUGCGUUCGAUUUUGACUGUUCUUUCCUUGAAUCUGCAUGAGUCACUUUUUCUGCUGUUUUUAAAGUGAAUGCAAUAAAAAGUGUGUUUUUACGCCUAUCGGUGAUUGAGUGAUUUUGCUUCAGGGCCUGAAAUUACAUGAUAACUUCCUUUAUUCUGUCAGCUUUAGAAGUUGACUGCACAUCAUGGGGAAGUGUAAUUUACGUAUUUUCUUUGCACGGUAAAGUCGCAUCAGCAUUGUAUCUUUUAUUAUACGUUAGAAUAGAAAUAUAAGAAAUGUUAAACUGAUAAAGGUCUUUUACAUAUAAUUGAUGGAUUUAUUUUAAACUAGUCACAUCUACACCUCAGCACUCAUUUUCUUAACAGUUAUAGUUUCCUGGAGAAUAGAAGCUGCAGAUAUUUUUCCAGGAAGUUAUAGAUAUAUUUACUUUCCUCUUCACAUUUUCUAAACGAGAAUCUCCUAUUUGUAUAGCAUGGACAACCCAGUGCCAAGCAGUGUGCAGUGAAUCAUAGCCACCACCAGUCAGUACUGACGGAUAACUGUAACACUGCCAAAUGGAUAAAUGUAUCUUAUUUUGUCUGUUUUUUACUAUUUUUCCAGGGUGUGGCUGUUUUAUAAGCGUUUGACUCUAUGUUUUAUUAAACCUCAUUAUUUCAGCGUACUAAUGUUUCCCCUACACAGCUUUCAGCGUUGUAGAAUUCAUUGUUAUAAACUGUUCAUAACAAGUGCUUUGUGUUUGUCGUUGGUAACCAUUUAAAAAAUGUAUAUUUAUAUUUAACAUGAGGGACUAUUUUACCUCGAAAAUAAAUUGAUAAAUGUACACUCGUGUCAGGAAAUGCCCAGUUCUUUUUUUUUUUUUUUAUGGAUUAAAAAUCUGUAAAAACUCUAAAAUAAAAAUGCCCGAACAAACAGUGUUUUCUCUUUUUGCUCCAAUAAAAGCCAGAGUGAAUGGUGUCACUUAGGUUUCUAGUUGAAGAAACACCAUAAGCCCCAGAAAGACUGCAGCCUAAUGCAGUGGUUCUACUGCAAACAGACUGAUCCUGUAGACUUAGCAAUGGAAACACAGCCUUCUCUCAGAAAAGGCAACUUUACAUUGCUAGCUACGGUCACCUCUAGUGUCUGUCACUCAGACAGCCAACAGAGACCUUCCUGGUGUGGUCCUGUGUCCUGUGGACUGACGUUUGUGUUUUCACCCUCUGAAUGAAGACGAAGAACGAUCCCUGUAGUGAUACAUUAAGCCAAUGUAUGUCUAUGAGGAGAUGCUGAUUGACGUAGUGUGGCAAUUGCCAAUGGACGCAUAUGUGCACUAGCCCCCACUGCUUCCUUCCCCCACCCGUGGUCAUCAUGUGGCGGCUCUAAUAAAUGGGACCUAAUACCUGACUUCCGGGCUGCCAAAGUCACAUAUGCCGAGGGUGUAACUUUCCCCAGCACACAAAUGCAACUAUCUCAGGAUGUGCAACCUUUCAAACUGAAAUACUGCACAUAUUGACUCCUACCACCAUGAUCACUUCUAAAAGCAAAAGUGGUUGGAGUAACCCUUUAAUAAUAGUAUAUUACUAGCAAUUGGGCAGCAAUAUUUUAGCAGACAAUCCCUAACUCAUGGCAUGGCAAGUGGAGGAGUAUUGGGGAGGUGUUAAAUGGACACUCCACUAAAAAAAUAUAAAAUAAAUAAAAAUCACUUUUUAGUUGAUAUACACCAAAUACACCAAAUGAAAACUUACAUGCAUUUAAUUAUGAUUGUUCUUUCAUUGUUGGUAUAUCUAAAAACAGCUUGUAAAACCUGCAGUCCUGUUGUCUGCGGCCUUUGCCAGCUCUCCCCUUUUAACCCCGCCCAGACUUUCUGUGGCUGUCCAAUCACACACUUCCUAAUGCAGCUCAAUGAGAAGUCUUUACAAGGCAGGUGCUCUUGGCAGUUGCUGUUUCUUGCAUUUAGCUCCACUGAGCUGAUCAAACCAGGAAGUAAAAUAACCUGUCUGACUGCAAGCCAAGGGGGUGUAACCAGCUUAAUUUAUAAAAAAAUGUCAGUUUUAUUUGAAAUCUGCACUUUUUGCUAAAUGAAAAAAGAGGACACACUCUUCACUCAUAAAGCUUUUUAGCAAGCUAAAGUUGUCUAGGGGUGUGGCGUGACCCUUUAAACCUCCUUUGUACUAAUGUGAGGAUCAUACUGACCUCCACGUGGUUUUUUUAAAAUCGUUAUUACAUUUGUUAAUAUGGUGGCUGACUAGCACACCAUGGCCAGCCAACAUAUGCUUAACCCUUGCAGAUGUGUUCGAUUCCGCAGAAUUGGUGUUUACAGCUGAAUUUGGCCAAGCCUUACAGGCCCAUUGUUAAGCAAUGGACAUCCUGAACAAGAUUACAAAUUCAGAAAACCUUGUUAGGAAAAUCUGAACAAAAUAGCACCACGCACAAGUUUUGUGUCUGUGUGUGUGUGUGUGUGUGUGUGUAUUCAACCCCAUGGUGUUUAAUGAUUGCUUAAUUUACUGUGUCUUUUAGUAAAGUGUAAUUUCUUUCAUUAUGCUUGUUAAGACAGAGUCCAUUUUGUCUGAUUAAAGAUUUACUUGUUCGCUGAAAUCUGUUAAUUCUACACCUGAUCACUCAUCCUAAAAGAAUUAGAUUUUUUUGUUGUUGUUGUAGUGUAAUAAAUCUAAUAUAGUUAUAUAAUGUUUUUGUGGUUUGUCCUCGGGGUUCACCCAAGCAGCGUACUUUUUAAGGAUCCUGCAUGUGGAGACACGUGGGAUUUUCAUUAAAGCACGUGUAUCUAUCUGGAAGAUUUAUAAAACUGUGUGAAAAUAAAUACCAGCUUCACUAAAAUUGAUAGGCUGAGAAUUCUAGAGCAAAAUACAUCUACAGUGAUAGAAUAAUGCAAUGCUACCCAAUGUAUGGAGUAUUUUUAAAUAUCAGCAUUUCUAAUUGAAAUGGAAAUCUGUUCACAUUAUUAUGCUCUGUUGCUUGAGAUACAUGGGUACAUACCUCCCGAUACCUGGAAGUAUGAAUGUGAGACUGGAAAGGGGCAGAACAGUAGGGGGAUGGUGGUGGCACAAUCUGAGUCAAUCAUAUCCCAAUGGGUGGUUGACUCUAUCGAAAAUUUUAAUUCACUUGUGCCAGUCUACUUAGCAACUGGCAAGGAUUAUCAUUUCCAGUUAAUUUUUUUGAAAAAUACCUUAUGCUCUGGAUCACUGGCAAAUCCUCUUUAUGGACUACUCUGCCAUCUUACUAUAUCCACGAUUUGCCUGUACAUGAUAGAUAUGAACAAACCUAUAUAUAUAUAUAUAUAUACAUAGAAUAUAAUUAUACAUAAUUAUUGAAUAGUUAUACGCUGGAUGUUUCACAAAUUGUAUUAAAAAAUAUUUGGAAAAACAAGUAGUUUAAAGGCUCCCAAAAUGAGGCAAUAUCUGCAGGCUUUAAAAAAAAAAUUCUGUAUUGUGACAGGUUUAUUCCAUCUCACACAGGAGGCUGCUGGCAGCACCAAUCAUUUAUGCUUAAAUAACUAGCAAUUAACAGAGCUUUAAAUGAAUCACAGCUUUGAGCAGGGAGAUAAGGACUCCCCAGAAUCCCCACUCCCCUGCAAGUCCUAAAGCAAACACUUGUACUGACACUACAAAUUAGAUAGGGUAAAAUCAAUAUAUCUUCACAGAACACAUGUAAGGAAGGAGUGUGAUUGACAGUCGGUGGAGGUGUGGUUAGGGCUUGCAAAAUAGUCACUUAGUCUUUAAUUGGCAGAGAAAAGAGCAGUGACCAUGCAGAGGCAUUAUGUAUGCACGAAAAAUAUUUAAUUAAACCAAAGUAGAGGUGGUGCUCAGAUUGACCUGUUUAUUAACUUGUUGCAUUCAUCAUUCAACUCUAUAAACACUAGAACUGAAUAUAAUUUACCAGAAUGACCCCUUUUUAAUGUGCUACUAACUACUUGUUUGCUAUAUCCAAUUUACUCAUGGACAAGUAUAUGGUGGUCUAUUCACUAAACAGAAAGUUGUAAAGAACUGAAAAUCAGAUUGCAAGAUUAGAUUAGCUGAUUUAAAAUAAAAUGCAUUGUCUAUAGCUAUAAUUUGGUUAUUUUAGCUUAAAUGUUGCAACUUGACUUUCAAUUCUAAGUACUCUGUUUAAUAAAUAAUGCCUGUGCAAUGUUAUUUUUUUAAACUAUGAAUUGUCAAGCAUUAAACAGGGAAUAUAAUAUUUUAGGCCAAUAGUUUACAAAGAAAAAUUAUUUUAUUCCAGCAUGACUAUUUUUGCCUAAAAUUUAAAUAUUUCAGUUAAGUGCUACAGAGUUCAUGACCAUUAAUUAAUAGAAUGUUAGGCAAUUAAUGAUACCAGCCCAUAGUUAUCAAGGUAAAAAGUGCUGACUUCAGAAAUUACAUUUCAUGAUGAUGACUGGUCCAUAUUUAUGGCCCAGACUUGCUCUGGUUUUCCAGUGAUAAAUAUGGCUCACAAUUCCAAUUAAAUUUUCACUUAAAUUAACACUAAUUUUUUUUUUUCUCAGAUUCUCCAAGUUCUGUCCCGGAUUCCGAGGGUGACCUUCUCUUCCUUCUGGACAGUUCGGGAAGUGUCUCGUACCAUGAGUUUGCUAAAGUCAAGGAAUUUAUUGGGGAUCUUCUGGGUCCAUUUACCUUUGGUCCACAAGAUGUCCAGGCAAGCAUUGUACACAUAAGCACUGAACCAUCUCUGGAAUUUUCCUUUGACCAACAUGGUUCUAGCUAUGAGAUACAAAAAGCCAUACGGGACACCAAACAGCGUAUGGGUGAUACAAAUACAGGAAAAGCCAUUUCUUAUGUUAAGGAUAACCUCUCAGCUGGCACAUUUGGAUCUAGGGCUGAUGUUCCAAAAGUAAUGGUAUGGGUAACAGAUGGUCUGUCCACAGAUGACAUCUCUAAAUCUAUGCAACUUCUCAAGGAUUUAGGUGUCACCGUUUUUAUUGUAAGCACUGGUGGGGGAAACUACUUGGAGUUAUCAGAAGCAGCGAGCCAACCAUCUGAGAAACACCUUCACUUUGUAGAUGUGGAUGACCUCCCUAUAAUUACCAAGGAGCUUCGGGACUCCAUCAUUGGUAUGUUGGUCAUGUUCUUAUUUUGACUUGGUAAUGUGCAAAGUUGCAGAAUCUCUGGUAUAGAAAAAAAAAACUAAUACGAAAUGUAGAAAGUAAGAAUUAUAAUGUUCAAUGAAGGUCACAAUUACCAGGACAUCCAAAUGUAAUUUUCCAGAAUAUUUUAGGAAAAUACACACAGGGAGAAUUGCCAGGAAAUCAACGUGACAUUUAAAUUUCAGGCUAAAAUACCCUUAAUUUUAGUAUCUAAAUACCCAAACUAAAAAUAUAAUUUUUCUAAUUCUGCUUUUUUGGCCUAAAUUGUGAAGUUCAAUUUUAAUUAACUUUAAAUUCCUGGUAAGUUUUAAUCUGGUGAAUAACCCUAACGGUUUCCAAAACAAACACAAUCAGUUAUUUUUUAAGUGAGAUAUUGAAAAGAGGACUACCCAUAGUGCUUGGCUUUUUCUUUUUACUUUAACGCGUUAGUCCAAGCACUAUAACCACUACAGCCUGCAGUAGUGGUUAUGGUGCCAUGAGUACCCUGGCCUGGUUACCUGGUAAUGGAGCAAAUUGUUUAGCAAGAAUUUGCCCUAUAACUAGGUCCCCACCAGGCGCUGAUGCUCCCUCCUGGUAUUCUUCUUUUUUUUUUUUUUUUUUUUUUAAAUGACAUGUCUACAUCAAGCAUUAAAGGGACACUAUAGUGACCUGAACAACUACAGCUAAUUGUAGUUGUUCUGGUGAGUAUAGUCAGUCCCUGCAGGCUUUUUGCUCUAAACACAGUGUUUACAUUGCUCCGUAGGGACACCUCCAGGUAACUCCUCAGAAGGCCACUAGCAGCACUGAUAUUUAGCAUCUCCAUGCUUUGCAUUUAGGCACUGAGCUUUCCCUAUAGAGUUGCAUUGAUUCAGGCUCAGCAAUGCUUUUCCUAUGGGAAAGCAUUCAAUUGGCUGAGAUCAUCAAUUCUGAUCAUCUCAGCCAAGGAGGCUGAAGCAGUGCCCAAAUAAACGUACGUUUUCUAAUUAUUUAAGGUGGGGGCAAAGGGGGGUAAGGGGAGUCAGGAAGCUAAAUAGUGUUUUUAACACUAUAGGGUCACUAAUACAUGUUUGUAUUAUUCACCCUAUAGUGUUGUACCUUUAAUUAAAUAAUAAAAUAACUAAUCUCUCACCUCUUGAAUUGUAUUGGAUUGACUAAUAAAAUAUCCUAGAAUGUCAUAAUUUAUCCCACUCGCUAGUCUUUUUUAUUUUGUCACUUCAUGUGAGGUUAUUUGUGGCAUUUGCUAAGAUGUUUGUCACUCACAAUAGCUGGGUGAUGUAAACGUAUCUUUUAUCUUUAGGCCAUCUCAAGUCAGUGACACACCUUUGGCUUAGAUAUCGCUUCUAUUUUUAUACUUCUGGCUGCUAUUUGUAUAACUGUGACGCAGCAAGUAUAAACUAAGUAAAUCUACUACUGAGUCAGAAAGAUGUGACUAUCUGAUCCUGUGUACUCUGAAACCUAAUACGCUGACUCAGACUCAUAGUUAUAAACAGACUUAACUAUGGUUCCAGCAGCGCUUUGCCGCUAAGCUAAUGAAUGUAUACUACGGAAUAUGAAAAGGGUGCUGGCGAAUUUCAUCAUGUUCAGUAUAUUUAAUCCUAUUAAUAGGGCUGCCCAAAAGAAUAUUUUAAAACCAAGUAAAUUCACGCUCUCAUGCUCUCCUGUUUCUCUAAAUUUGCAAAUCCCCCUUCAAAAUUUUGAUGAAAUGGUCUGGGUGUAGUGGUCCUGUGAAUUCAACCCUGCGAUAUAAAACAUUGUAGUUUUGUAGAAACAGAGUUAAAUACACCUCCAGUGGCUUUAACCCCUUAAGGACCAAACUUCUGGAAUAAAAGGGAAUCAUGACAUGUCACACAUGUCAUGUGUCCUUGAGGGGUUAAUCCUAACAAGCACUAGAGGUGCUUCCUCCUCCAGAAAUAAGUGAAACAAGGACCUGGAAUCAAAUACUGCAGUUUAGCCACACAUGCCUAUUUCCAAUCCAUAGCUUCUCUAUGAUUGCGGAAAACAUCAGCAGCCAUACAGACGUCUUCGAAGGUAUUGGCAGCUGCCUGAAACGGGGGAGUCCCCACUGCGGCCACUAUCCAUUCCACUACAACCCAUAACCCCCACUACAGCCACUCCCUUUAGAGCCACUACCCCCCCUACUGUCCGUGUACCUUCAAUAGAGCCCCUAUCCUCCAACUACAGCCCUACCCCUCCACUAUAGCAAGGGACGUAUUAGGCAUUUGCCUUGGGCUGCAUUUUCCAGGGGGCGGCAAAAAAAGCCGCCCCCAAAUGCCCAGGGCAAAUAUCUUGUUAGCCUUGCGGCUAACUGACAUGCCAGACAGGCUGCUGGGCGGGCGGCUGGCGGGCGGCUGGCGGGCGGCUGGCGAGGGAGCACUUUCUCUGAGCGGUCUGCUCAGCUCCCUCGCGCGCCGCAGAGUGAGGUGCGCGAGGGAGCUGAGCAGACCGCUCAGAGGAAAGUGCUCCCUCGCCAGCCGCCUGCCAGCCGCCCGCCCAGGAGCCACUGGACCCCCAGGAAGAAAGAGAACCCCCCCAGCAUUCCCAAAGGUAAGGAGGCUGGGGGUUUAAAUAAAAAAAAUGUGUUAAUGUGAGUAUGUCUGUUAGUGUGUUUGUCUGUUAGUGUGUUUGCCUGUUAGUGUGUGUAAGUGUGUGUGCCUGUUAGUGUGUGUGUGUGUCUGUUAGUGAGUGUGAGUAUGUAAGGAGGCUGGGGGGUUAAAUAAAAAAAAUGUGUUAAUGUGAGUGAGUGUGUAUGUCUGUUAGUGUGUUUGCCUGUUAGUGUGUGUCUGUUAGUGAGUGAGUGAGUGUGUGUCUGUUAGUGAGUGUGUCUGUUAGUGAGUGUGUCUGUUAGUGUGUGUGUGUGUGUGUCUGACUGUGUGUGUGUCUGUUAGUGUGAGUGUGUUUGCGCCUGUUAGUGAAUGUGUGUGUCUGCUUGUGUGUGUCUGUGUGUGUCUGUUAGCUAGUGUAUGCGUAUCUGUCAGUGAAUGUGUGUGUGUGUGUGUGUGUAUUUAGAAGGCGGUCGGGGGGAAGGGUUGGGUGGGUGGUGGUGCGGAGAGGGGGAGGGGGGCGCCUGAGUUUUGUCCUGCCUAGGGCAUCACAAAACCAGGAUACACCACUGACUAUAGCUCCAAUACCCCCCAGAGUCCCUACUUCCCACCUACAUCCUGUAUGCCCACACUGCAGUAGCUAUUCCCUUACUAUAGCCACCAUCCUUUCCACUACAACCACGUUUCCCCCACUAUAUCCACUAACCCCCCCACAACGGCCACUGUCCCUCACUAAAACCCCUGUACUCCCACUACAGCCACUAUAUCCCCACUACAACCCUCAUUCCCUGGCGCAUAUCUACUUCAGCCACUAUCCACCACACAAUAGUCUCUAUCCUUCCUCGAGAGUCAUUCCCCCUACUAUUGCCCAUAUACCUCCAACAUUAACCCCUAUCUCCCCACUAUAGCCACUAUCCCACACUAUAGCCUCUAUUCCCCCACUACAGCUGCUCUUCCACCACUUCAGCCUCUAUCCCCUCACUACAGUCACUAUCUCCCCACUAUAGCCCUAUCACUCUACUAUUGCCUUUAUCCCCCACUAUAGCCCCUGUUUCCCCACUACAGCCCCUAUAACCCCACUAUAGCCACAUCCCACUCACUAAAGCCCCUCUUCUGCCACUAGAGUCCAAAAUGCAACACAACAACCAGCCACCACCAUACAGACAACCCCUUAAGCAGCAUUCCCACAAACAAUAAUAGAAGCAGCCUCCACACACACACAUACAUACAUACACACACACCCUACCUUAGCCCUGUACCACUUAUCAUCCAACCACCUACCUAGUCAUAUUUACCGUACAAUCGUACAACAAACUAGUUCUUAUGGCUUGACUGGUGUGCAGAUAUUUGUUUAACAUUGUAUUGACUAUUCACUGACUUCAGGUGGAAGGGGCUUUCCCACAAUUUUUCCCCACCAUAACUUUCUUGAUUUUUGCACAUAGAUAGAUAGAUAGAUAGAUAGGGCAGGGAACACCACGCUCUGCCAAUCAGCACCUCAUCAUAGAGAUACAUUGAAUCAAUGUAUCUCUAUGAGGAACAUUCGGCGCCGCCAUGAAGAGAUUGGAGUUGCUGAAUGUGUAGCAUUGACUCAAGAAACACCACUAGAAGCCGGGACUGUCACUGGAUUGUGUUCCUAGGCAGCAAUAUAAACACUGCCUUUAACAUUAAAAUGCCUGCAGGGAUUGACUAUACUCACCAGGACAACUACACUGAGCUGUAGUUCUUCUGGACAGUGUAACUUUUGUGAGUUUUUGUUUUUUGUUUAAACUCCUUUAUGACAAAAAUAUAUGCCAGUAUGUUCUUAACCCCCUAGUCCUGAUGGGGUUAAAAAUGCCUAUUAGGGUCAGAGCAUGAGGCCUUGCAUUUAUUGUUUGGCUGAAUUUUGUUUGUUAAAGAUAUUUAACAUUUUAGGGAAGGGUUAUUAAGAGAUCCCCUAAUCCUUACAUAUAUUUAGGGGUUCGGGAAUGUUGGUAAGUUUGGUAAGUUGUUUUUCUGGGUAAUGGCAGGGUACUGGGUAUCACUUGGCUGUUUCGGCAUAGAACACUGGCACGAUUCAUGCUGGAAAUGAACAUCCUUUGGUUUCCUGUAAUUGGGGGGUGGAAGAAGGCACACUUUACAUAAGGAGGGCUGACAUGGAAAUCAAUAUGGCACACCUAAAAUGGCAAAUAGAAAAAUAGGUCUAUGUACAAUACUUUGUGUACAAGCGUAAAAUAACAUUGCAGCUCUAUGAAACUCACAGUAAUGUGUUUAAUAGUAAUAGUAAGGUGUCCAUCUUGGGUUAUAUGACUUGUUGGCAGGUAUGCGGUGAGUAGAGAGUAUCUGCUGUGCUGAAGAAAAUGUAAAGUGUAAACACUCGAUGAUAUUAGUUCUUGGUCAGGGGUAGGAAACCUUCAGCACGCUAGAUGUUGUGAACAUCAUAUAAAGAUCUUUUAACAAAAAAUAAAUUCAAUUUUUCAGCUGCCCUCCAAAUGUUAGACAUAAAAGCUUUUCAUUCUCACGGAGUAUAAACGUAGUUCUUUUUUUCAGAAACUGUUUAGUAAUGAAAGAAUCAAUUCUUUAUUCAGGGUGUUUCCUCUGCCAAGGAAUUCGAUCUGUAAUGAGUUCUGCCAUCAUGCCUUGUUGUGUGUGUCCAAUGCCACUGGCAGAUCUGCCGAUGGGACGAGAUAGACCCUGGUUAAAAGGGUUUAAUCAUGUUAACACUUUCAGUGCUAGAGCAUGCACUAUGUGUUUUAUUCCUCAAGGGUUAUUUUCUAAACAUCGAAUGGUCGAAUGGCAGUGAACUGAAAACUAGUUUGCAAAACUGACGUCAAAAUAGCUGAAAAAUUCUGCAACUUUGAUAUAGUCACAACUUUCAUUUUUGCCUGAAUUUUCCACUAAUAUUUUUACUUCAUUGCCAUUUCCUGUAAAAUCAAAACCCAAAAAAACCUUUCAAUUCUUUACUAUCCUGCUGUCUGUUUGCCACCGCCCCAGAGAACGCUACUGUGGUCUAGAGUCUCAGCAUUCAGAUAAUAUUUUUGUUCCUGCAGAUCAGCAGGGUUCGUGGGAAUUAGGGCGACUGUGACACUUUCUUUUCUGGUCACAUAUACAUUCUGUAUUCCCUUGGGCAAGGACUAAAAGUACACCCCGGCACUGGAGUAUGUAGAAUUCAUGUGCUGCCAUUAAUUAAAGUGGCACAGUCACUUUACAGCAUUGCAUAAAAUAUUAGAAUGUUUAUGUUAAGCUCACGUUGACUUGUAGAACUCAACGUGACAAAGUAGGGACCACUUUGUCUCCUUUAGGACCUGAUUUUUAGCAAAUUGUGUCAAUGAGGCAAUAGAUAGGAUGUCUGAAACAUUCCUUCCAUUUCCCAUCAGCUGUUUCUUGUGAAAUUUCAUGUAGACCCUCAUAUCGCUGUGGCAAAUUCACAAGUUCUAGUGACCUAAAAAAUGUAGGAUAAACCAGCCCUGGGGAACAAAAUGUCCAGAUUGCCGCUGGAUACUUUCUCCCAUAUUGAGUAUUAUAUUCUUAAUUUUACAAGCCCACAGUUUUACACGUUUCUAUUUAGUGAAUAGACCCAUUCUGUCCUAAAAAAAUAAUUUACAUAUUAAUGAAUUCCUCAAAUAUCAGAUAUUUUUAAUUUCCCAUCUGUUUAGGACUCAGACUCAGUCUAUGAAUAUUAAUAUACUAUGCGGCAAAAAGCUAAACGUUUAUUUUGUUCUCAGUAAAUCUUCAACAGAAUGAAAAUGGCUAAUGUUUCCGAAGCUCACAGCGUUCUUCCAAAGAUUCCCAUCCUAAAAUGUAUUUUCUCUGUAGCACUUAAUUAAUAGGUGGGUGGUAGGUCUAAAAUUUCAUUACCUCCUCUUGCUCUGCUCCCUGGAUGACCUAUGAACUAGGGAAUGCAUAGAUUAAUUAGCCUCUAAAAACAAAUAAUUAUAUAAGACAUUUUUAACAGUAAAUAUAAGCAAAAAAUUACCCCUAUUUUUAUUGCUUUAUUCACAUAAUCAUUUAAAAAUAUAUGAAACAAAAUAUGAAAUAAAAAAAGCACUCUCCUUUAGAGGUCAUGAGCAUAUUACCAAACAUUUCAAAUGGACAAAGAGGGUCACUUAAAUUUUAGGGGGGGCAUAAAGGUGUGUCCGGGAGCAAAACUGAUUUAAGAAUUUGUUUGGUGACUUCCAAAUGUCUGCAUCUAUAAUGUAAUCUAGAUCAAAAACAAUGUAUCUUACUUACACAGCCUGAUUUAUAAACACAUUUAUUGUAUUUUAAUUACUGAGAGUAUUUUUGCUAUGGAGCUCUGUUAAAUUUAUGAAGUUCCUAGAAAAUAGGGAUAUUAGGAUAGAAAAUAAGGCAUGAUGUAGCUGCACAGGUGAGAGAGGCUUUCUACAGCUACAGGGAACCCUCGCCAUGAGCAGUAAGUGGCUCGACCAAUCAGAAGCCUCCCGUGCUGGUCUGUGAGUUCUGAUCUUAUUCGUGGCACAGCUGACUAUAGGGGAGGAGAACAAAGUCCUUCUGCCUGUUGUAUGCACAAGUUUGAUUUAUUUGAAACAACAAAGGAAGAAGUAAAAACUGCUCCUUAGCUGUGUCUGAGGCAGGGGGCUGGCUUAUAACUGCAGAGAUUUUUUACAAGUCUGUCCUCCACUUAAAAUCCCCCUACAGGCCAGCAUGUACCAGCCGAUAGAAAAAUAAUUAGUGAGACGAACCCUACGUUUCACUCAUGUUGGUCUCCUGUAUUGAAGAAGGGGUGUAAUGAGAAUGUUGUCUGUUGUUGGUCUUGAAGUCAGAUUUAAAGAAUUCUGUUUGCAUCAGAAAUUCACAGCAAUAAAACUCAGAAAAUAGAUGCUUGGCGUUUAGUGACUUUUUUAAGAACUAUUAUCACACAGAGGUGGACAGGAUUAGCAACUUUUCCCAUAAGACUUUUGGGUUCCUAUAGAUAUGCUGAAGGGACCAACACCUUAUACCUGGAAGCUGAAUAAGACAUAUCUGCAAGGGUAUUGUUUCCCCUUAUGCAACAAAGUUACACUGAUGAAAUCGGAGUGUGCCACUGAAAUUGAGACUGUCCCGCUGAAUUUAGGAGUGUCCCAAUGAAAUCAGGACUGUUGAGGGGCCAGAGCCUGUCUUGAUCAAUCCCUAAUGUUUUAAAAUCCCAUCACAUUUAUUAUUAAUUCUACAUCUAAAAAGUUCAAAUAAUAGAACUUUGAAUAUGUUGGUUGACCUGUUUGUGGGACCUGUUUCUAAGGUCAGUAAAUGUUAUAAUUAUAAACUCAAUAUUGAAGCAACGGAUAUAGAAAACAAUUCUAAACAGUGUACAUUAUAAUGACACAAGAAUAUGAUAAACCAGUCAGACUAAGACACAGCUUCUUAGAAUAUCAAUAUGAUCCUGUCAGCUCCCUCUAAGGAUAGCAGGAUAGCAGGAGGCAUAUGGAUGCUGCACUGUCGCCAUGAGUAGUCGAGAUAUAUUUUUCUGACCAAGGUUUGCAACUUACUAGUUUUGGCCCAGCCAAAGAGGUUUUGGCACCUCUAUACAAUAGGAGAGGAUGGUGGGUGCCAAUCUAAUACAGAUGGACGGAUGGAUAGAUGGGUGGAUCAUGGAUAGAUAAAAGUGGUAGAAACAUUCUCACAAGGAUCUUGAAUAUUAGGCAGACAGACUAAGAAUUCUGCUGCUCUCAUUGUCCAUAAUGGUUUCAUGCCUCCUGUGUUCUUGGGUUCUGAUGUUACUCACUAAAUGGUAGAUUAUUGAUGAUCACACUAUCGGCAAAAGAAUAGAUUAAUUAUUGGCAGGGGCUGGAGAGGAUCACACUGUUGGCAGAAGAAGAAAUGGAUUAUUGGCAGGGGCCAGAGAUGGCCACACUGUCGGCAGAGAAUGGAUGGAUUAUUGGCAGGGGCCGGAGAUGGUCACACUGUCGGCACAGAAUCGAUCGAUUAUUGGCAGAGCCGGAGAUGGUCACACUGUCGGCAGAGAAUGGAUGGAUUAUUGGCAGGGGCCUGAGAUGGUCACACUGUCGGCACAGAAUGGAUGGAUUAUUGGCAGGGGCCGGCGAUGGUCACACUGUCGGCAGAGAAUGGAUGUAUUAUUGGCAGUAGCCAGAGAUGGUUACACUGUUGACAGAGAAUUGAUAGAUUAUUGCUGGAGAUGAUCACACUGUCAGCACAGAAUGGAUGUAUUAUUGGCAGGGGCCGGAGAUGGACACACUGUCGACAGAGAAUGGAUGGAUUAUUGGCAGGGGCCAGAGAUGGUCACACUGUCGGCACAGAAUCGAUAGAUUAUUGGCAGGGCCGGAGAUGGGCACACUGUCGACAGAGAAUGGAUGAAUUAUUGUCAGUAGCCAGAGAUGGUUACACUGUCGGCAGAGAAUGAAUGGAUUAUUGGCAGGGGACAGAGAUGGUCACACUCCCAGCAGAGAAUGAAUGGAUUAUUGGAAGGGGCUGGAGAUGGUUUCACUGUCAUCAGAGAAUGGAUGGAUUAUUGGCAUGGGCCAGAGAUGAUCACAUGGUCGGCACAGAAUGGAUGGUUUAAUUGCAGGGGACAGAGAUAGUCAUACUGUCGGCAAAGGAAGGAUGGAUUAUUGGCAGGGGCCGCAGAUGGUCACACUGUCAGCACAGAAUGGAUGGUUUGAUUGCAGGGGCCGGAGAUGAUCACACUGUCGGCACAGAAUGGAUGGAUUAUUGGCAGGGGCCGGAGCUGGUCACACUGUCGACAGAGAAUGGAUGGAUUAUUGGCAGGGUCCGGAGAUGGUCACAAUGUCGGCAGAGAAUGGAUGGAUUAUUGGCAGGGUCCGGAGGUGUUUGUUCACACUGUUGACAGAAGGAAUUGAUUGAUUAUUGUCAGUGAGCUGUAGUGGUUGUGGUGCUUGGGAUGCCUCUGGGCUUUGCUGACCUCAGCAAAUUUUGUUCCAAAUUAUAAUGCAAACUGAAGAAAAGGAAAACCUACACUUUCUGUGCUUCCUCAUUUAGUAGAUAUAGGCAGGCAAAUGUUUGGGUGAAGCCUGGGUGUAAGAAGCAUAUCGCCCAACAGUUCUAUGCUCUGCAAGAAAUCCCAUAUUUCAGUCCCUGUUUUACUGUCCCGGGUUAGCUCUCUGGUGUGCCACUUCUUGGGUCCCCAGGGACAAAACCCCAAUAAGGAAACUGAACCCAGGGCAGUCUGUCCAUACAACUACUCAUCACUACCCUUUAGGGUUUAAAUGGCUUGUACGUUUUUUCUACCAUCUGCCGUUUGAGUGCUCAGUCCCCCAAUCUGUGUAAAUCCCUCUGCAGCGAAGCAAUAUCCUGUUCACAUUGUAUUACUUUACAGGGUUUGUGCCAUCUGCAAACACUGAAACAUGGCUUUCAAAGCCUAAUUCAAGAUCAUUUAUAAAUGUGUUGAAAAUUGGUUGCAUUAUCAUGAAUAUUCCAUCGGACUUUGUUCUUAAUUGACGAAUUCACAUCCUUUCUGCUCUGUAUGAUUGCGAACCUAGCAUACUACGAGGUAGCACUUUUCAUGUAUCACCCACUAGGAUGGAGAUAUGAUGUGAAUCUGGCCACCCUCCGUGAACCAGGCUCACUGUAGUGGUAAAAAAAAAAAAAAAAAAAGAAUAGUAUAAUUGUAACUGUAAAAGUUUAUUGAGUGAAAUGUUUUAUUUUAUGUUACUUUGUAUUAUUUUUUACUAGUAGAUGAACAAAUACGAAAGCAAUAGUUUUCCCAUAAAGAGGACCCUCAGCUAUCUUAAGGCUUCGUACUGGCCCGCAGAUUGAAAUUUCUCUGUCCUCACAAUGGAAUAUAGUUUAAUACACCUGGAAUCACUAGGGAGAACAUAAAGCUCUGAUUAUAAAUAGUAGUUAUUUUAAAUGGAGCCCAGCUGGUUAUCCUGUAACACAAACUACCAAUUAUACAUCCAGAUGCUUCUAUUGAAUACUUAAUCCAUAGGGGGUUUGGAAGCUCUGUACUUUUUCCACAAAUGAGUAUAUUUGUACCAUGACCCCUUUAAAAGCAUUUCUUUUGAUGAGAAAGUUCAAGCAGCCAAAAAAGAAACAAUGCUGCCAUCUAGUGUCCACUUUUUAGUAAUACAUAUUCACAAACCAGUUUCCUAAAAAUGUAAAAGCAUAUGAAAUGUUUGUUUUAGAUAUAUUUGUGUCAAUGGGCGUUUGUUAUCCGGGAUGCAUAUGUAAUUUAUGUAUACUGAGGAGCUGGGUUUGAAAAGUGAUGGCCUUUAUUAUAUAGAAUGUAUAUAUGAAUUUUAUAUUGUACAGGGUAGCACUUUUCAUGUAUUGCUCAUGCACAUGUCGAAGUGCUAUACAUUCAGAAAAAUAUAGUUGAUCUGGCAGUGCCAGUAAGGAACCCACAGAUGCUCAUUUUACCCACCCAAUUCCAGUAAGAGAAGAAUGCGGGAGCACACUUUGUAGAAUUUUAAUUAACCAAAAAGUGAAACUUUGUGGAAUUGGGUAAGCAAUUAUGGGGGGGACAUGUAAUUUAUUUAAACUGGGGAGCUUUAAACACAAUUGCAUGUCCAGAUUUGAUUAGGAGGUUAUACUGUCCUGUAGAAUAUAAAAUAACCUCCCAAUCAUUUCUAAACUCUAAACACGGAAUUAUGGUGACUUGAAUAUAUAGAAUUAUAUUUAAAAUAAUAAAGCUUUAGCCAAAAUUUUGCCAUUUAAUUUUCAGAUGAGUAGCAUUGUAACGGAUCUUUGUGGGAAAGGAGACUAUCCUUUCAUGUAACCCAUUUUAAUGAUGUUGUGGAGGCUAUAUAUGAAAAUAAUUUCGCGGUAUGUAACAUCUACACUCAGAAUCCAGAGAAACAGCAGAAAUAAUUUUUUCACUUCUGUAGUGCAUUUAAUCGCACAGUCGCAAAGUAUGAAACGUUAAUUUCUGUGCUUUACAAAUUGGCAAUCUGGUAACGCUCAUAUAUUUUACAUUUUAUUUCUGUGGAAGUCUGUGAUACAAUCACAUGUAUUCAGUCGCGGACAGUGUAGAAAAGGAGGAACAGGGUAUUAUAAGGGGACAUGUAGAUAGACCAUGUUUUUCAUGUAGCAUGUAAAUUCUGCAUACUAUCCCUCAUGUUGGCUACCCAACCCCUCCAUGCUCCAUCCCAGAUCCAACACCUGCCAACAUGGGCAUAACUGCACCUAAAGCAAUGAAUUUAUCAUUUAUGAUAACUAUAAUUAUUUAGUCAGUUGCCUUAGGAGCUGUUAUGGCCAAUGCUGCCACGGUCAGGGGCCUGUGGAUUUUGAACUUCCACACAUUCUCCAAGACAAUUGGUACUGCUUGGGAACUCUUCCUAAAGCAAUACAGUCUUCCUCUAUGAUGCCAACAUUCCGCCAUCCACCCAGUGCAUAGGAACUAGUUUGGAAGGAUACAUCUCUUUCCAUUCUUAUAUUUCCCAGCAAAUCCAAGAUGCACUUGCUCAAAUUAGUUGCACUGUGACAGAGAGCAGGAGAACCACCUGUUGGACAGUUCUCCUGUUUCCACUGUCAUUCACUUAUUGGCAUAGACCUCUAUGCCACUGGCAUUCUACAUUAUUUGUAAAUAACUAAAUAAUACGUUUUCUAGUUAGCAGUGUAUCUUUAAACUGAUGCAUGUGGUCUCAAACAGAGUGAUAAUUCCCAUGCAAUUCUUUUCUCUCUUAUUCACAGAUCUGAUCCAUGCAAAAAGGCUCCAUGCUUCUGAUAUAACCACUACGAGCUUUAGACUAACAUGGCCACGGUUGUUGACGCAGAGAGAAGAAAGUUACACUUUGGAUUAUUCACUACAAUCUGACAAACGCUGGAGUGUACAGAAAAUUCUGACAGCAGAUCAGACUGGCGCAUUAGUGGACAAUCUAACCCCUAAUACCACCUAUUGGAUUACACUCACUCCCGAAUCCAAUAUUCAGUAUUUCCACCCACAAACUAUAAAAGUUACCACUCUCCAUGGUAAGUUCAAUGGAUCCUAAAUAUGUGACAGUAAGUACCAUAUUUUAUUGUACAGUAACAAUUGAGGGUAGUGUCAGUAAUGAUUAAUUUUGUUUUAGAACUCUGGCCUAGAAUUGCUUUUUAAAAACUAACACCAGAUCGGGGAAGAGAAGGAUCCCUCAGGGUACUACACAGGUUACUUGUUGAGGCUCCACAUCCACAGGACAUGGUGAAUUGUCAAGCUUGGCAAGCAUGGUUCUUGGGCUCCUCUCUAAAAGUUGGCCUUAGGUGGCCACCUAAGUUGUCUAUAUGGUUAGUUCAGCUAUGUAUAGAGACAUUCAUGAAUAUGUUGCAAAUAAAAAAGGGGAGAUAAGUUCUAAAAGUCCCAUUGUUGAGAAAAUAAAAUCAUAAUUCUUUUUAGAAUUUGACAAAAGACCUGGGGUAGCAGCAUUCCCAAACAUAGAAGACAUUUCUCUGGUAUAAAAAACCUAAACAAAAAUGUUGCUAAGCCACUGCUGCAAUUCUGAGACAACUGAGACUGAGGAGGCCACUCAAAUUCAAGUAGAAUAAUGACUGUGGCGACACAGCCUAAGGCCACGAUGGAACACUUUAAAAUCAAACAUCUGGAUAUUUUAGAACGGCUCAGUCAAAGCUCAGACCUUCAUUUGAUGGAGAAUCUGUGGAGAGACUUUAUUGUGAUUAUUGUGUCUGAUAGAAUAAGUGGUGUCAAUAAUUAUAUUGCUCCCCUUUACAGAACCGAUCCAAGAAAUAUCACUGCAGGUGAACAAUGUAACAACGACCAGCUUUGAGCUGACCUGGCCAGGAUUGCUGUCUCCUCUUAAAGAUGAAAAUUACCUUCUAGAGUAUUCUCUGGAAUCUGACACAAGUAGAACUAUACAGAUGGUUUUGCCUGGAGACCAGACUAGCAUGGUACUGAGCAACUUAACCCCGAAUACCACGUAUCGGGUGAAACUUACUCUUAAAUCCAACUUCCGUUUAGUCCGACCACAAACUAUCCAAGUUUCCACUCUCCCAGGUAUGUGUAAAAAAGUCUAAAUAUAGGACACACUAUUCUAAUAAUAAUAAAAGUAUUAUGGGUACCCCCUCCAACAAGGAGUUAAGCAACCCAAAAAGAGAGAGAAACUGUAGACUAGGGACCCAAAAAGAGGGAGAACUGGUGGAUAUAUCCCUUCCUGGAUCCUCCUUUACAGGGCAGGACUGGGGAUACAAAGCAGCCCUGUAAAAAAAAUCUAUGCCAGCCCCAUAAGUCAUUGUGCUAUGUAGGGUGUAUAUAUAUAUAUAUAUAUGCAAUUGAAAUAGUUGGCUGCACUCUCGGAUUUCCUGAAAAUGUAACUUUUAUUGAAAUAUUUAAGAGAAGAUCAACGUUUCAGUCCCUCUUGUGGACUUGCAUCAGGAUCAUGACGAAAGUCCACAAGAGGGACUGAAACGUUGAUCUUCUCUUAAAUAUUUCAAUAAAAUAUAUAGGCAAUUUAAAUAGUUGGCUGCACACUCAUGCUUACUACAGACAAGCUCACGGUACACACAUGCUCACCACAGACAGGCUCCGACACACCCAUGCUCCUUACAGACAAGCUCACUAACACACACACACAUAUGAUCCCUACAGACAAGCUCACUGACACACAUACAAGCUCACUCACUAGCAGGCACACACACACACACACAACUCACUAGCAGGCACACACACACACACACACAGGCUCCCUCACUAGCAGAUGCACGCACACACACACAGAGGCAGACAGUCACUGACACCCAGGCAGACAGCCACACACACAGGCAGACAGUCAUUGACACCGAGGCAAACACCCACACAUACAAAGGCAGACAGUCACACACACACACGCAGUCACACACAGGCAGACAGUCACACACAGGCAGACAGUCACACACAGACAGUUACACACUCACAGACAGUCACACACUCACAGGCAGUCACACACUCACAGGCAGUCACACACAGACAGUCACACACUCACACAGACAGUCACACACUCACACAGGCAGUCACACAGACAGUCACAUACUCACACAGUCACACACUCACACAGACAGUCACACACUCACACAGGCAGUCACACAGACAGUCACACACUCACACAGAGACAGUCACACACUCACAGGCAGUCACACAGAGACAGUCACACAGUCACACACUCACACAGACAGUCACACACUCACACAGAGACAGUCACAUACUCACAGGCAGUCACACACUCACACACUGACCUCCUUCUUCCCUCCUGCUUGGAGUUCCUGGAGGCUGGUUGUUGGGGAAUCAGGGACUCCUUCCUGCUUCCCAUGCUGCAGUCAGCCGGGCCCCGCCGCAGGUAAGCCCCGCCCUCACCGCACGCUAAGCCCCGCUAGCCCCGCCCUGUCGCACUAAGCUCCGCCCCGCCACAAUCUUUUUUUUUUUUUUAUCAUCAUCAUCAUCCCGGCCGGCCGUGUGGGAGCUGUGCCGGCCGGCUCCCCCUGCUCCCAUGGGGCUCUGUGCGGCCGGAGCUGUCAGCCCAAUGAUUAGGGCUGUCAGUCCGGCCCCAGAUGCCGCGGCCCACCGGGAAAUUUCCCGGUAUCCCGGUGGGCCAGUCCGGCCCUGCUCCUUUAUGUUUACCUACACUCAAGACCUACCUCAUCCUUUUGUGCAAUAGGACUGGGAUUAUUUUCCUUUCCUUGUGGAUGGAAGUUGAUUAGCUUAUUUGUUUCCCUUGGAGUAGCCCUUUAUAGUUUUUAGAUGUUUUUUGUUUUUUUUUGUUUUUUGAGCCGUAGUAUUAAUAAAAGUAGGAUUUCCACAGUUUUUUGUUGUUACCGUUCUCCACCAGCCCUCGAUUGAGGUUCCCCCAGGCUGAAACUCAAUCAAUGGCUGGUGGAGAAUGGUAACAACAAAAACAACUUUCAAUAUUCUUAAAUUUUUUAACUCAUUAUUAUAAUAUUGAACAUUGCAUGAAGAUAUAUAUAUAUAUAUAUAUAUAUGUAUACCUGAUACUAAUAUUUUAAUGUAAGCUCCCAAAAGGAGGGUAUUUAUUUUAUAAUGCUCUGUAAUAUACAUUUAUUAUAACCUUCAACUAGAAAAUAGGUAACAAAGUCAUCUUUCCUGUGACCUAAAUAUUUAUGUGUCAUAUUCACUUUCUUAUUUUCUGUCCAAAUACUCCUAGCCAAACUGUUAAAACAAUUUGAAUUCUCACGUUAGUGAAUAACUUUGUAUGUAACUAAUGCCAUCAUGCUAGGUGGGAUUAAUCGGAGAGAUUUUACUCCAAAGAUAAAAAAAAAAACUAAAAAAAACUUCUAAAGAUCCUCCACUAAGGCUGUGUGUUCCGCCAACACCCAUAAUUCUCUAGCCUCUAACCAUAGCUGAUACAGAAUUAUUGGAAUUGUCCAACACCAGGAGCAGUUUAUCACCCCUUUUGUGUAGAGUCAGGGCCGGUGCAAGGAUUUUUGCCGCCCUAGGCAAAAGUAAAGUUUGCCGCCCCCCCCCCCCAUAUGACAUCACAAUGCCCCAUUUUAACUAACGCAAGUGCUGCAGUGCCGCCGUGUUUACAUUAAAAGGCCUGCAGGGACAGGCUAUAGACACCAGAACCACUACAUUAAGCUGCAGUGGUUCUGGGGACUAAAGUGUCCCUUUAAUGUGAGGUAAAUUAGAGCUUAGUGCCACGAAUAAUAUACUAGAUUGCCUACUUACAAUCAGAUGAGGAUGGUGAUGGGCUCUAGCUGCAGUCUGGCUCCACUCGUCUGGAGGCUGUUUGUGUUCUGGGAGAACGGGAAGCAGCUCCAUUUUUUGGGGGCCCUUUACACAGCUCAAGGUCUGGGCCCCAGGGUCCACCUUCAUGUUCCACCAAUUAUUUUGUUCACAGGAGUAGGGGAUGUCCUGAUAUGUGUGUGUAAGGAAUGCAUUGUGUGAAUCUGUGUUUGUAUGUGUAAGGGCUGCAAUGUGUGUUUCAAUGUAUGUACGGGAUGCAGUGUGUGCGUCUGUAAGGGGUGCAUUGAGUGUGUGUAAGGAAUGCAUUGUGUUUCUGUGUGUGUAAGGGAUGCAUUGUGUGUAAGGGUUGAAUUGCUUGUGUGUGUGUGUGUGUGUGUAAUGCAUUGUGCGUUUUUCUGUGUGCAAGGGGUGCAUUGUGUGUGUGUGUGAUGGAUGUCAAUCUCUCCCCCCUCCCUUGUCCCUCUCUUCUCCCCCUCUCCCUCCCUCGUCACUCUCUUCUCUCCCCCCCCUUGUCCCUCUCUUCUCCCCCCCUUGUCCCUCUCUUCUCCCCCCUCUUGUCCCUCUCUUCUCCCCCCUCUUGUCCCUCUCUUCUUCCCCCUCCCUUGUCACUCUCUUCUCCCCUGCGUGUCCCUCUCUUCUCCCCCUCCCUUGUCACUCUCGUCUCCCCCGUUGUAACUCUCUUCUCCCCUCCCCACUCUCAUUCCCCCUCCUAACCCCGUCAAUUCCCCUCCCUGUCAAUUUCUCCCCCCCACCUUGUCAAUUUAUUCCCCCCACCCUGCCUGUCCAUUUAUCCCCCCACCCUGCCUAUCCAUUUAUCCCCCCCCCACUGUCCAUUUAUUCCCCCCCUCCCUGUCCAUUUAUUCCUCCCCCUCCCCUCCCUGUCCAUUUAUUCCCCCCAGAUCCAUUUUAUUUCCCCCCUCCCUCCUGUCCACAUUCCCCACCUCCCCUCCUGUCCAUUUAUUCCACCUCCCUCCUGUCAUUGUUCCCCCCUCCCCUCCUGUCCAUUUUAUUCCCCCCUCCUGUCCAUUUAUUUCCCCCCCUGUCCGUUUUAUUCCCCCCUCCCCUCCUGUCCCCCCCUCCUGUCCAUUUAUCCCCCCCUCCUCCCUGUCAUUUUAUUCCCCCCUCCCCUCCUGUCCAUUUAUUCCCCCCCUCCUGUCCAUUUAUUCCCCCCCUCCCUGUCAUUUAUUCCUCCCCCUCCUGUCCAUUUAUUCCCCCCUCCUGUCCAUUUAUUCCCCUCCUGUCCAUUUAUCCCCCCCCUCCUGUCCAUUUGUUCCUCCCCCCCUCCCUGUCCAUUUUAUUCCUCCCCACCCCCACCCCCGUCCAUUUAUUCCUUCCCCGUCCAUUUAUUCCCCCCACCCUCCCUACCUCUAUUGUAGCGUGGCCGAGCCCUCUAUUGGUCCGCGGGUACAGGUUGCUUUUGUUUCCUGUACCCGGCCGGACUAAAAGGAAGUGAACACUCAGUGUUCACUUCCUGUUAGUCCGGCCGGGUACAGGAGACAGCUGCUCUCUGUACCGGUCGGACCAUGCCAUAGAGGGCUCGGCCACGCUACAGAGAGGGAGCUGACAGGUGGGAGCGCUGAGCGCUUCCCUCCUGUCAGCCUCUCCCCAUGCUGCGCCCGGGCGGUGCGGUCCGCCCUCAUGGACGCACCGCCCGGGCAAAGCUGCAGCCGCCUGAGGCUCUUUACAGAGCGCUCGGGCGGCUGCAGCAUUAGGGGGGCCGGCGCUCCUGGCGGCGCCCCCUCCCAAGGGGCGCCCUAGGCGGCUGCCUAGUCCGCCUUACAGGUAGCGCCGGCCCUGUGUAGAGUCUACACCAAAGUGUGUAAAGUCGAUGCAGUGUCACGUGCAUAUUGUAUCUGCUGGUGAUUACUUUAUGCUUUCAAAACUCCAUUAAAUACAGUUUUUAUUUCAGAAACAAGAGGUAACGAGAGCCCUACUUAAACAAGCAAGUAUUCUAAGGGAGAUUAGGGAAGAAGACCCAAAGGGUAACAAUACAUUUAGGACACAGAAAUUCACUUUUUGAUAUGCUUCACAAUAAAUGUGGGUUUUAGGGAAAAUCUGACAACACUGCUUUUGAGCUUGUAACUUAAAAGAUAAGAAAAAAUAGUUAUCAUAUGUAAAAUAUGCAAGCGUUUUCUAAAUGCAAGUGGAUAAAAGUUUAUGAGAGGAAAUCAUCCUCUACCAAUUAACCUAUAAAGAAUAUUCUGCUAAUAAUUAUCUGAAAAAGAUGACCUUUUCAUGAGUAUGAUCUAUAUGUAACCUUUAUAUUUUAUUUACAAUUUGUACCGUUAAUGAAACUUGAAGACUUUAGUUGCCCACUCCUGAAGAAACAUGUCCUGGUUUAUGUAUGAUGCAUGGAAGUCCUGUGCUUGUUAUGACAGUAGAAAUGUAUCUGAUGCAAUGUGAAGUAGCACUAAUGACAUCAUUCCACUUUCACAGAACCGAUCCAAGAAAUAUCAUUGCAGGUUCAUGAUGUAACAACUACCAGCUUUCGGCUGACCUGGCUAGGCCUGCAGUCUCGAGUUAAAAUACAGAGCUUCCUUUUGGAGUAUUCACUGGCAUCUGACACAAGUAGAACCAUGAAGGAGAUUUUGCUUGGAGAUCAGACUAGUACGGUACUGGACAAUUUAACUCCAAAUACAACAUAUCGGGUGACACUCAUUCCUAAAUCCAAUGUGCAUGCAAUCCGGCCACAAACUAUACAAGUCUCAACUGUGCCAGGUAUGUUUACUAGAUCCCAACCUGCUGUAAGGUGUCAUUCACUGGAGAACAUUUACCCCAGUAAUUUUGCAGGGGUGUUAAUUUGUGCCCUCCUAAUUACCGGGGGAAGUUCAACCGCCAAAAUUAUUGUAUGUGCCAAGCACUGCUGACCAAGGACUGCAUGGUCAGUUGUCCCAAAACAGUUGGGUGACUUUUACAGUAACACCCAUGUUGUAUGCAAUCUAUAUACAAAAAUAUAAUAUUUCUACAGUCAGUUCUGUGGUACGUAGGCUUUGAAGAAUAAUAUAGUAAGACGUUACUGUGGAUUCUCUUGUGGUUUUGAAAUGUAAGUUAUCACAGCUCAAUACAUCUUUCUGUAGUACAUAAUACUGGUAAUAAAUUACUUAGCGUAUUACAUCAUCGCAUUGGGAUCUCAGUACAAAUUACACCUUCACAUGAAUCAUAGCCCUGAUAAGAAAAAUAUAUAAAAGUCUGCCUGUAAAAAUGUUCUACUGACAUAUUUCUCAUAAAAACGUGUACUCAUGAUUUUUAUUGACUUCUGUUUAACACAUAUGGCUUCUUUACAAGCUAACUCAUUAAUGAGACUUGAAGACUUGAGCAGCCCAUUCCUGCAGUAACAUGUCCCUAUUCAUGUUAAAUUUAAAUAACAUGCCUGUUAUGACCAGAGUACAAUAUCUCAUGCAACAUUUCGUAGCUAUAAUGGUAUUUCUCCUCUUUCACAGAACCAAUUCAAGAAAUAUCACUGCAGGUUCAUGAUAUAACAAGUACUAGCUUUCGGCUGAGCUGGCCAGGCUUGUUGUCUCAAGUUGAAGGAGCAAGUUACCUUUUGGAAUAUUCAGUGGAAUCUGAAAAUAGUAGGACUAAACAGGCGAUUUUGCCCAGAGAUCAGUCUAGCACAGUACUAAGCAACUUGACUCCGAACACCAGCCAUCGAGUGACACUCAUUCCUAAAUCCAACGUACGCAUAAUCCGGCCAAAAACUAUACGAGUCUCCACUCUCCCAGGUGUGUUUGAUAGAUUCCAAUGAUGGGAUACUUUAUAAUAUUGCACAUUCUCAAUAUAAUUACCUCAGGAUUAUCAGAGGACUAAAUGCAUACUUUAAUGAGAACAUAUAUAAAACAAAAUCAUCCUAUUUAGUAGCAUACAUUUUUCAUAUCCUCACCCGACUCUCUUUAAUAUUUUUAUUAGUGAUAUUGCAGAAGGUCUUGAUGGUAAGGUAUGUCUUUUUGCUGAUGAUACUAAGAUAUGUAACAGGGUUGAUGUUCCAGGAGGGAUAAGCCAAAUGGCAAAUGAUUUAGGUAAACUAGAAAAAUGGUCAGAAUUGUGGCAAAUGACAUUUAAUGUGGAUAAGUGCAAGAUAAUGCAUCUUGGACGUAAAAACCCAAGGGCAGAGUACAGAAUAUUUGAUAGAGUCCUAACCUCAACAUAUGAGGAAAGGGAUUUAGGGGUGAUUAUUUCUGAUGACUUAAAGGUAGGCAGACAAUGUAAUAGAGCAGCAGGAAAUGCUAGCAGAAUGCUUGGUUGUAUAGGGAGAGGUAUUAGCAGUAGAAAGAGGGAAGUGCUCAUGCCAUUGUACAGAACACUGGUGAGACCUUACUUGGAGUAUUGUACACAGUACUGGAGACCGUAUCUUCAGAAGGAUAUUGAUACCUUAGAAAGGGUUCAGAGAAGGGCUACUAAACUGGUUCAUGGAUUGCGGGAUAAAACUUACCAGGAAAGGUUAAAGGAUCUUAACAUGUAUAGCUUGGAGGAAAGACGAGACAGGGGGGAUAUGAUAGAAACAUUUAAAUAUAUAAAGGGAAUCAACACAGUAAAGGAGGAGACUAUAUUUAAAAGAAGAAAAACUACCACAACAAGAGGACAUAGUCUUAAAUUAGAGGGACAAAGGUUUAAAAAUAAUAUCAGGAAGUAUUACUUUACUGAGAGGGUAGUGGAUGCAUGGAAUAGCCUUCCAGCUGAAGUGGUAGAGGUUAACACAGUAAAGGAGUUUAAGCAUGCGUGGGAUAGGCAUAAGGCUAUCCUAACUAUAAGAUAAGACUAGGGACUAAUGAAAGUAUUUAGAAAAUUGGGCAGACUAGAUGGGCCGAAUGGUUCUUAUCUGCCGUCACAUUCUAUUUUUCUAUGUUUCUACUCUGUUGUCUAUAAAUGCACCCUUUCCUAUAAGUACUGAAUUUAUAGGCACCGAGUAAUAGGGGACAGGCUAGUGACACGAAACCCAUCACUUGUGUCACCAUAUUGGCAGGUCAGCCAGGCAUAUAUGUACAUUUACACUAGGCCACCUGACAAUCAAGCAGGGUGGCCCACUGAAGGCAACCAUGCAGGGAGCAGCCUUCUAUGCGGGGUCCUAAUGCCAAGAUCCUGUCGAAUGGUGCGCUUUCUGGGGACAGUUUCCUGGUAUCCCCAAAAGUGGGACACCAGGGAACAAAGUCAAGAUGGCGAGACUGGACCAAAAAAUAGUGACUUUUGGGAGGACUGCUGUUUCCACCAUACUGCUGAUUUCUUGUUUAGCAAUGUCUGUUAUCUGUAAACCAUAAAAAAGUUUGACCAUGACAUUUUGCAAUAUACUCAUUUAAGUUUACUCUAAUGUGGUUUCACAAAAAAGGUAGGAAUAAAGUAUGAUAUAUUCUGGAGAGCUUUUAGUCCGAUAGUAUAGUAGGGCUAAUAACCCACACAUCUCACUGGCAUACUAUAUUAAAGGAUCACUAUAGUGUCAGGAAAACAAAGCUUACCUUCAGCAGCUUACCUUAAUCCAGCGCCAGGAUCCCUUGGCGCUGGUGACCUCUCCUCCCCCGCCGAAGUCAGUUCCCGAGUGGAGCGGAAUGCGCAUGCGUGGCAAGUGCCGCGCGUGCAUUCAAAGAGUCCAUAGGAAAGCAUUUCUCAAUGCUUUCCUAUGGACGCUCUGCGCGAUGGAUGCAAAAUUCGCAUCCAGCGUUGCAGAUGCGCCUCUAGCGGCUGUCAGGAAUACAGCCACUAGAGGUUGGCUUAACCCCUAAUGUAAACAUAGCAGUUUCUCUGAAACUGCUAUGUUUACAUGUGAAGGGUUAAAACCUGAGGGACCUGGCACCCAGACCACUUCAUUGAGCUGAAGUGGUCUGGGUGACUCUAGUGUCCCUUUAAGUCACCUGUUAGAUUAGGAUGCUAAAAGCAGAAAUCUACCUAGAUAACCUAAGAACUAUCAGCUAUAUACCUCUGAAAGAAAUGGGAGUUCUGAUCCAAAAAUAAUUAUUUUAAAUGCCUAGAAGAGGAUUUGUAUGCAUCAUUAUGAAAACCUAUCAAAUGUGUACUCUCAAAGUGCUCUCAAAAUGAGUUUAUAUAUAUAUAUAUAUAUAUAUAUAUCAUGUAUUGCUCUUUAAUCCUUAAAAAAGAAUAUAAGUGUAACUUCUACAUUCUAUUUCAGAAGACUACCUCAAUAUAUGUAUUUGUUUGUUAUGACCAGGAUUUAGACAAGUAAUAUAGAGUAAUGUAGCUGAUGCGAUGUGUUUGUUUUUUUCUCAUUUGCCAGAACCCAUCCAAGAAAUACCACUGCAGGUUCAUGACAUAACAACUACAAGCUUUCGACUAACAUGGCCACAGCUGUUUUCGUCUUCAAUUAAUGAAGAGAUUUACCUUUUGGUAUAUUCACCGGAAUCUGACAUACGGAGGACUAUACGGAAGAGUUUAUCUGGAGAUCAGACUAGUUUGGAACUGGGCGAUUUAAACCCAAAUACCAUCUACCGGGUCACACUUACACCUAAAUCCAGUAUCAUCAAUAUCCGACCCAAAACAAUACUGGUCUCCACUCUCCCUGGUAUGUUUAGUGGAUCCUAAUUAUUGAUUAAUUGGUUACAUUGGACAGAUAUAGUCAGGCUAGGCAUCCUAAAAGGCACAUGUCUAGAGCACAAGCCCGACUUUAUUGGGGGCCACAUGGGAAGAAUUUUUAAUAAUGCCUCUUUCUUGGGGCAUAUGGGGUAUCUGAGAAGCAAAUCCAGCCUUUUCAUCAAUGAGGGUUGUUAUUAGAAAAGCACAGUGGUUGGACAAAGUUCUAAAAGUUGAGCCUCGGCAUGAGCAUUCCAUUCGUUUCUGUGGUAACUGUUCUAGUUUUAGAACCGACCAAAUGCCGUUGAUCUACCACGUGGUCAUCUUGGCUUAAUAAAUAUGGUGUAACAAAUGAUAGUAAUGAUGAAGACAAUACUCUUUCUGAAUCUAUUUAACUAAUGGAAACUUGGAAUUCUCUAUCUGUGAAUAAUUCAAGGAGAUUAUUCCUAAGAAGGAAACCUCUGCUAAAAUUACUGUAGAUGUAUUUUAUGGACACACAAAAAAGAAACGCAGUUAUUCUCUAUGAUCUUCACUGCUGCACUCCCUGCAUAUAAGCAGUUUAGACCAUAGAGACUAACUGUUAGUUUUCAAACACUGUCCGACCAAAGGUGCAUGUACAUGACUGAAGGAUCCUGUCAUAUACUAAAGGUAGGGCUAAGUUUUUCUUAUAUUUUACGUGUACUUCGUGUUACAAAAAUCUAUUCCCUUUCAAAACUCGAAGAAAGGAUUAUUAUAUUAACAAACAGUUGUCCCUUAAGACACGUUAGCACAUGUCACUGAAUGAGGAGAGCUCCCUUAUCUCCAAUGUCAACAUUUUUAUCUGCUGAAAUUUGGAGUUAAAUACUGGCACAGGAAAACAUGAAAGUAGAAAGCCUCAUUACAUUUAAAACACAUGAAAAUUCCAGGUCAGUUAUUACCAGGAGUAAUGUAUCCAAUGUAAUACGUCUGUAGUUAUAAUUAAUUUUCUCCUUUCAUAGAACGAUCCCAACCAUUAGAAAUAAAGGUUCAUGACUUGACAUCUAGAAGCUUUCGGCUUACCUGGCCACGGGUGUUGGACCGAGUUGGAGAAGAAAGUUACCAAUUGAAGUAUACCUUAGUAUCCGAUGUACAGAGGAGCACACAGAGAGUUCUACCUGCAGAUCAGACAAGUUUCGUACUGGGGAACUUGGUCCCUAAUGCCACCUAUCAAGUGACACUAACACCUGAAUCCAAUGUUAAGUUUAUACAACCACAAACUAUACGGGUCUCCACUCUGCCAGGUACGUUUCAUGGAUCCUAGACACCACAUAAAUAUUAUCAUCUCCAGACUCAUGUGGGCUUAUUGACAAAACAGAGAAUUUUGGAGAACUGGCAAGAGCAUAUCAAUAUUUAGACCUCAGUUGGCAAGCUGGAAAACUAACUGAGCUGCAGAAAAGUUUCAAAUUUUUAAAUGAAUCCAAAUUUUAAAGGACCACUCUAGGCACCCAGACCACUUCAGCUUAAUGAAGUGGUCUGGGUGCCAGGUCCUUCUAGGCUUAACCCAUUUUUUCAUAAUUAUAGCAGUUUCAGAGAAAAAGGGUUAAUACAGCCUCUAGUGGCUGUCUCAUUGACAGCCACUAGAGGCGCUUGCGUGCUUCUCACUGUGAUUUUCACAGUGAGGAAAGGCGCAUAGGUAGAAGCAUUGUAAAAUGCUUUCCUAUCUUUGACAGCUGAAUCUUGUAGCGCAUCUUGCGUGGCGCCGUAUUCAGCGGUCGAGGCGGUAGGAGGGAGGAAAGCUCUCCGCCCAGCGGUGGAAAAAGGUAAGUUUUACCCCUUUCCAGAGCCGGGCGGGAGGGGGUCCCUGAGGGUGGGGGCACCCUCAGGGCACUAUAGUGCCAGGAAAACGAGUAUGUUUUCCUGGCACUAUAGUGGUCCUUUAAAUUCUCUAUUAAUUUAACUUAUUCGCAUUGUGAGAAAUGCAUGCCACAUUUAACACUGUCCAUUAAUCAAUAGAAUCUGAAAUAAAAAUUAUAUAAUGCUAUAAAAUAUUUUGUUGCCUAAAUUUAAAGUCUUUAACACCUCUCUUACUGGAUUUAGCCUAUUAUUGUCUGUCCUUUUAUCCAUCCAUUUUCCUUUCUUUCUUUCCUCUUCUCUUUCCUUCUCUACUCUUUACAUUUUGUUUCUCCUUCCUCUUCCCCUCCCUGCAGCACUUAAUAGUAGAAAAAAAAUGCUCUGUACAGUACAACACGCGCUAUCGCUUGGUGUGUCACAUCAGGGUGCAGACCAGAUAGCUCAUAAUAGGCAUUAUUUUAUUUAGGUGGAAUAAAGUAAGUUUCAUCGCUAAACUUGUUAAUGAAGCAUGUAGAUAACUAAAUCAAAAACAGGAAAAUGAAGGUAGACUGUCCCUUAAAAUAAAUAUCCUUUUUUGUUCCGUUUUAAUCUGGCCAGGUAACGUGCUUGGAGACUCCCAUCUGCCCAGUCCUGCUGUAAUGUUGCUCCACUACAAUAUAAAUGCAUGACUAUCUCAGCCUUGUAGUGAGCAGUAGUUAUCUAUCCGAUAUAUAUGUUGUAACUAUAUAAAUGGUAUAUCUGCCCUUUCACAGAGCCGAUCCAAAGUUUACAGCUUCGGGCUUUAGACAUAACCCCUACAAGCUUUCGUAUAACAUGGCCACGGAUAUUGUAUCGACAAGAAGACCGGUACCUUUUGGAGUAUUCCCUGGAAUCUGACUUACGUAGGAGUGUUCGGAAAAGUUUGCUUGGAAGUCAAACUGAAGUGUUGUUGGGGAAUUUAAUGCCCAAUACCAACUAUAAAGUUACCCUUACCCCUGAAUCAAAUGUCCAGAUAAUCCAGCCACAAACUAUACAGGUCUCGACUCGUCCUGGUGAGUGUAACAAACAUUGAUCAUGGAUUACACCCUUAUAUUGUAUUGUAUUAAGAAGGAUCUUGCUUACCUCUCCCAAUCAUCCCAGUUUUGAUGGGAUACUUAGGGACCUAAAUCUGCCCUGUAUCAUGCUUCUCUCUGUUACGAAAGGAAGAAUACUUAUUUCCCAGAAUAAGAAAACCGGUAUACAGUGGUGAGGAAUUGUAUGAACCCUUUAAUUUGACUUCAAAUGUAAUUGGAAUCUGACCAUCCAAAUUAUCAUAAAAGAUAAACAGAAUCUAUUUAAGGAAAUAAUAGAAAACAAUGUUACCUUUACAAAUGUUUCACAUUGAUGAGUUCACAUUGAUCCAACAUUCAUUAUAUUUGCUGUGUCAACUCAUAGGGUCAUCUACUUUGUUAAUGGUGUAAUCUGAAGUCUUCCUUAAAAAAAUAAACACAAAGUCACCUCCCCUAGCCUCACUGUCUUAAAGCACAUGCAUGAGCUUUGAGCCGGCAAAACGGUCCAAUCACAGACUUCUGUAUGAGAAGCUUGUGAUUGGUCUGUACGUGGCCCCUGUGACAUUGGAGGGGGCAAGAAAGUCCAUGUGGGGCGGAAGGGCCAAUAGGGCAUUUUACACAGGAAUGCCCCCCUCUCAAAAAGGUUAAGGUAACCUUUAAACUGAGAUGUAGUUGUGUGCCCAGGUACACCCGAAUACAUGGCCAUAUUGUUCCUCCUGUUCACCGUUUAGUCUGCUACCAUACUUUUUGGUCAUUUUGGGUUAGAUCAUUAUAUGGUUGAUAAUACGGAUCACAAAAAUUUGGACAUAACAUACCAUUUCUAUGAAAAUGUUGCAUUCUGUGCCUCAAUCUUUUUCCAUUUUUUAUAUUGGCUAUACUGUAGUUAAUUUUAAGAAAACAAAAAAAAGGUUCAGCUGCAUUUAAGUUUGGUUAAAUAAUAAAAAUAAAUGUUUCUAAUGAUUAGGCAUUCAAUAAAUGUUUCUAAUGUAUAUAAAAUAAAAAAAGUUUAUUGGGUGCACAUGCUAAGGAAAUGUAUUGCAAAGCUUAUGAAUGAUGGCUCUAAGAAAUGUCUGACGACCCAACUUGCCAACUUUGAUUCCAUUGUUUUUCAGAAAGGUACGCCCCAUUACAGAUUUUAAUAUCUGAACCUACUUCUAACAGUUUUCGGAUUAGUUGGGGUCCUCUCCUUGACAGUGUUGCCAGCUAUGAAAUCCAGUAUGGCCCUCUUCCCAGCAAUACGGUGUACAAAGUUCAAUUGGACAGUAACACAAACAGCACCGUACUGGAAAACCUAAAAUCCAACACUACGUAUUUGGUGACGGUAGAUGCCAGAUUUAAAGAUGGAGCUGAGAAAGCGUUGUCAGCCAUUGCUUGCACGGAAGAGAGUAAGUUGUUGGUAAAUUACAGAAGAUUAUGUGAAAUAAUAUUGACUAAAGAGUGUAAUAUUCUACAUUCCCACUAAUUCCCACAGUCGGGUACCAAGUGGCUUGGUAUAAAAGGGACAUUCCUUGUGCCUUACUUAACAUACCUGCAGUAAUUUGUCCAAAUUUAGCAGGAAAAAAACAUUGCAGGUAAAAUUGCACAGCAUUGAUUACAUGACAAUUACUCAUCUACUCCCUUUUUCUUACCAAAUCAGAGGCAAUCCAAAGGAGGGGCUGCGAAGUGCAAAAGUUCCAGACUAGUUUUGUUUGCUUUAUGUUACAGACAUUUUGUAUUGAGAUGAGAGAUGUAUAGAAAUAGUAAAGGUUAGUACAAAACUGUGUGUCAUUACCGUGGGGAUUCUGUAGGUCUGCAGAAGUAAGACUGAAUCUUGUUUGUUGGUGCAGCUCUAAUCAGUCCUUUGAGUAAUACAGGCCAUUUCAACAUUAUUUUGUGUAACAAUGUUUGAAGAUUAGUGAAAUCAGGAACAACAUAGUUUAUUAGAAGUAUCAACCAAGCCAAUCGGAUGAAACUAAAUCAUGGAGGGGGAAGAUACAGAAAUAGCUGUAAUUGUGGACCUAUAUUGAAUCUAUAGGUGUCUCCUGGGUUCAAACACGCAUUGUUAAACAAAGCAAGGCAGGAGAUCAUUAGAGAUGACUUGAGAGAUGGUUCAGUUCAACAAUUCUAGACUUAAGCAAUUCGGCACUUCAGGAAUUGAGGACUUCAGCAAUUCCCUAACCCUACCCCUACCCCUAACCCUACUAGAAGCAUCCGAAUGUCCGAAUUGCCAAAAUUCGCACAUGUCUACAGAUCAUCUUUUAGGGGGUGGGAACUUAGCAGGGUUUACUGGGAGUUGUAGUUCAGCUUUAAACUUGUUACCGCCAAUGGCCAUAACUAAAAUGCCCAGUACACUAUUGGCCCAGCUUGGACUAAAGACCGAUCAUACAGGUAUCUCCACCAGUCAUUAUUUCUCUCCUGAUUGUGCCUUGUUUUUCCAUAAUCAACUCCCAUGUACUGAUUAUUGGAUCAGUUGCCUCAUACUUUUCUCACUGUUUUUGGGAAGGCAUGGAUUUCUCGUCUUCUUCUAAACAAAUGAUUUUCUCGAAUUAUAUCACUAUAAUUAGCAAAUAAUUUACAAAUAAGGGGGUUAAUGUGUGUGUUUUUUUUAAACUAUCUGCAUAUAUAGCAUUCCACAGCAGCUAUAAGUAGUCAUUCCAUUAGAACGAGGUUGAGAAUAGUCUUUUUAGAGAUAGAUCACACUUCUAUCUUAUUCAGACAUUUGUCCAACCUUGAAUGGGAAUGAUAGGCUGAGAUUUGUGGGGCAGGUUAGCAGGAGAUGGCACCCAUACAUUGCACCAAUAAAGUGUAGUGGUUAUGGUUUUUAGAAUAAUUCUUUAAACAUGAGUUUUAGCUCAGGUGUACUUAAAACCAAAGUACAUUUCAACAUUCACUUAAUUUUCUCAGAGCCGUUUGAAAAAAUAUAUAAAUGCCACUAUUUAAAGAAGUAUGGUGGAUUAGUUAUGCCGAGUAAUGAGAUUUACCUGGAGACCUUCAGAGUCAACCCUGUUAACUAAAGAAAAACAUGUUUUGUUUAGGUUACUUUGUUUAACCUGCGGCAACUCUGUUACUGAUUCAUUGUUAAAAGGGAUUAGAAUGUAGUGAUUGUAGGAUUUGUAACGUAGCAGCAGUCUUUACAUGUUGAAUCUCUCUAAUGUUGGUCUCAUAGACUGUUUGUGUUCUGAUCCUCUGUAUUCGAAGUGCCCGGUCAUUCCAUUCAAUCUUGUCUGAGACCCAUUGUUUAGAUUACCAACACAAUAACUCAUUAUCAAUGUUCUCGGUUGUGUCAGUGUGUGUCAACUUUCUGCUGUCCUGGGAGAGUGCUUUGGAAACCAUUGUAGACCAAUACCCAGGGCUGGUGUGAUACUGUAGGAACCCUGUGACUCCACAAGCUGUGAUUGGCAACUGCCCUCAUUCUCAGCCAGGUUCAGCAUGUGGGCCGUAUCCAUAAGGAUAUGAUAGUAGUACAAAAACCCAAUAACAUCCUCUCGCUCCCAAUAUCUCCAGUUAAUUCCCAUAAACCUAAUAUACACUACUAUGGAAUUUGUUGGCGCCUUAUAAAUAAUAAUAAUAAAAUAAUAAACUCUAACUUUAUUGUCUGGCAAAGGAUUGUGGUUAUUGUGGUCCAUUUGCAGCUGAAGACCUAAGUUUGUAAGCCUCAGUUUUUGACAGAGACUGUACUAAGCAGACGGGUGGGGUGGUGAUUUAUGAAGUUAAAAAACAGGUGCUGAUUUGGAGUAAAGUGCAUGUUUAGUAAGGGCAAUCACCAUGGGAAUUAAUGGACUGUCUCUCAAUAUUUAGUGUGGCAAACAGAACCUCGCCACAGGCUCCUGGAGGAGCCUGCCUGCCUCAGGACUAUGGGCCCUGCAAUAUACCUUGUCCAAUGCACCUUAAAAGGCUCUGUUCACGGAAUUUAUGUAUUUUUGCACUCCACAAAGAAGAACCGACCGUCAGCCCUGAUUCCAUGGAACUGUUUUGGGUAUAGGACCAUGUGCAUGGUCGGUCAAAAUUAUGACUUCCAUGGAAAUCCCGAACCCCUGAACCGAUCUGGGUGAUUUUGGGAUAUGUUGGUCCCCCACAUCAGGGGAUGUGACUUUUGUGGGGUUUCCAUGUGUUUUCUGCACCUAAUAAUUGAGUUUAGUACAGUGCCUGACUCAGUUAUCUUUGAACUGUGUCAGGGGCCCCAAAAUUUCUGAUGGUAGCCCUGGCCUGUAUCAUGUGUGGAGGGAACAGUUAUAUUCACUCUGGGGAUUGCUAUACUCAUACUCCCUUGGAUUAUAAUCACUAGCUCUUGCAAGAGCCAUUCUGCUUUACUCUCUGGAUUGGGAGAGGUCUACCCACUGGAAGCUGGAUCCUGGUCUUGGGUCCAGGGUGAGUGGAGAACAGCGUGACCCCAACCAAGCUGUAAUGCUGGCUGCGGGCUCUGCGAUGGUUAUGGUGUCGGGUGGAGUGCUUGGAAGUACUCAGAGUUACUAGGAAGCAGUGAUUGGCAGAGGCACCCAGUCGGGGUGCCAGACGGUCCGCCACAUUUAGCACUCUGCAUCAAAAAUAGCAUCUGUCUCUUGUUGGAUGAGAAUGUCCAACCUACAGUAGCACUUCUAUAGCAGGGUGAUCAUGUGACCCCCUUACCUAGUGACUACUACUAAAUAUAAUGCAUACCUCCCAAGUGUCCCGAUUUAGGAGGGACAGUCCCUAAUUUGGGCCCAAAUCCCUCUGUCCCUCUUUUCUAUCCUAAUAUCCCUCUUUUGUAGAAGCUCCGUAUUGUUGGUGUGAUUAAGUAUAUAACAGAGCUCAACAGUAAAAAUAUGCACAGUACUGUGUCUUUAAACUAUAAUAAAUGUUUUUUAGAAAUUGGUCUGUCUAAAUAAGAAGCAUUGGUCUGGUUCUAAAUUACAUUUUAGUUGCACAAAUUGUUGUUAGUAAGUCACCUAAAAUUUAUUGUAACUGUCACAGGAAAGGGUCCCUCUUUGUCUGUUUGAAAUGUUGAGAGGUAUAUCAUGCAUUGUGCGGGUCAGCAUUACAGAAUACUAGGGGACAAUGCUCCAUAAAGUAAAGUAUUUAUUUUAUGGUUGGGCUAUAACAUUAAAGGGGCAAUCCGAACCCCUAAACAACUUUAGCUUGCUGAAAUGUUUUAAGUAUGAAGAGUGUGUCCUCAUUUUUUAGUUUACAAAAAAUGCCGAUUUAAAUAGAAAUUGGCACUUUUAUAAAUAAACCUUGUUACACCUUCCUGGCUGUCAAUCAGACUACCGGUCCUGUUACUUCCAGUGAAGAUAACUCAAGAGACAGCAAUUGCCUAGAGCACCUGUCUUGCAAAGUCUUCUCGUUGAGCUGCAUUGGGAAGCCUGUGAUUGGACAGCCACAGAAAGUCUGGCCUGGGGAAAAAGGGGAGGGUUUGUAAAUGCUGCAGACAAGAUCUACACCUUUUGCAAAUUGGUUUUAGAUAUAUCCCCAGUGAAGAAACACAUGAUUAAAUUCAUGCAUGUUUCCAGUUGGCGUAAAUAUAUACUAAACAGGGAUUAUUCCUUUUUUUUGUAAUUGGGCAGUGGAGUGUUCCUUUAAAAUAACAGCACUUUUUCAUGUGCAAAAUAUUUAUUUCAUUAAAAAAAACUAUUGUGACAGAUCCAAUUUAUGUUGUUAAAAAAAUAGAAAAUGUUGACAAGUGUAUUUGUUGCUUAUUUUUUUUCACUUUGGAGAAAUGUACAUUUUGGGGGGAGCAUCCCCUUUAAAAAACUAGUAAGAGAGUGCUUCUUUCGUUCCUAGUCCAGACACACACAGCUCAUUUAUCAGUCAUUUUAUUCUUUGGGGAUGUUAUCACCUUCUUGGUUUAUCUGAUGUCUGUCAGUGUGUGGAGAUAGUUUUAUAUAAAUGGCUUGAACUUGGCGGAAUUCCCAGUGCUUCAACUCAAAUUACUAAAUCUACCGAGAAUUGGUCCCCAUGAUUACACAUAUAUUUACAAUGUUCUUUUCUUACUAUUAGUUGACAAGCUAAAUUGAACAGCAAGCUAAUGUUCAGUUUAAUGCCUCUGAGAUAAAACAUCAGGCACGUGGUUUUAAUUUGUCAAGGUCAACUCAACCUUUCUAUUUCCAAGGUGGUCACAACAAUCGUCAUUGAGCUGGGUAUUAAUAUUUAUAAAUCUCUGGACAUAGUUAGAAACCAACAAAAUCUAAAAUGUAUUCUUAUUGUUUAUAAGAACUCAGUAAUGAAAUAAUAUUAUAAAUUACCUCCUUGAGCUAGCUAGACUCAGAAAGCAACAGAAUAUGUAAUUAAUAUUUAUGAUGAAUUAUAUAAUUGUUACUUAAAGGGGCAUUCUAUGCAUCAUAUCCACUACAGUGGUCUGUAAAGGUAUGGUAACUGGAGUCCCCUUGUGCUAUUUUACAGGAAGGAGUCUCAACAUUUUCAAACAGUUUUUGAACAGUUUAACAUUUAUCAGGUGCCCAUUGAUCUUCCAAUCUUCUGUGAAAUCACUACAGAGGAGGUUGGCAUUCCACUUUAAUAAUAUCAAUUCAGUCGAACUCUGAAUGUCUGUCCCGGUUACGUAAACCCCAACACGCAGUGUGUAAACAUAAAUAUAAAAAUACCAAGAAAAACUAUACAGACAAAGGUCAGCACUAGAGGUAACUUUACAAGAACUACAAUAGGGCAACGUACAAAGCAAAAGGCACCCUAUUUAUAUGGGGGUGUCUUUUGUUUUAAGGCCACGUCCCCAAAACAUUUGAGCCAAUGAAAAUCAAAGUAAUGGGCAUCAACGUAAUGAUGCCCCCAAAAAAAGGACGUCAUCACAACGUGAUGCUUGUCGAUCAGCUGGAGAGAGGAGUCGGUUUCAGGUACCGCACCACGUAGGAGUGCUGGAACGAGGUAAGAUAUCAUGACAACUUUUUUUAUGGGUGAGCUAAUGCUUUCAAACAAUAAAUAAGGGCCAAAACUGAUAUUGCUUUACCGGACUGGGGACUUUCUCUAUGGCAGUACCACAGAAGACCAGAAUGAUUACAGGUGUACAUCAGACACUGGUAAGUGAUGUUCAAAAGCUGUUUGACACCUUACUGUGGCAUGGUACCAGGACACCUGGCACCAUAACCUCUACAGUGCCCUUAAAGGAGCACUCUAAGCAAUAUAACAACAUAAGUUUUGUUUUUUUUGCAUAGGUUAUGGUUCAUGUAUUUUUGUGUCUACCACCACACAAUGGCGUAAAACUGCAGUGAUUUGCAAAACGUGCCGCAGCUAUAAGACUGCUCUCUCCGAUAAGGAUGGCAGAGGAGAAAAUGUUACUUCCUGCUUCCUGUUGUAUUCAACUUGUGUUUGUGGCAUGAAACAGGGAUCUUGAUUGGUGGAGCAUCUGGUUGGUGAAGCAUCUUCCUAGAGAGCCCUUGAUCAGGCGUUUGGGGAGGUCUCAGAGGCACACAUUAAAGGAAACGCUGAAACUGAUGUCCUAGUAUAAACAUAUACUUAAAAUAAUUCUAACAAUGCAUGCAACUCAUUAAAAAAGUGUAAAUUUUUACAACUCAUAUAAUACAAUCUUUGAAACCUAUAUUUGAAUAAACCACCAUUUACAGUUCCACGUUCCUUGAUGACCACGUGUUUAAUUUGAUGCAGUGCAUUAUGAUCUUGCUAACUAAAUGAUUUAUUGAUUUGCUUCCUCUAACAGAAGAUGUUAAAGUGCGCUACCUCCAUUUGGAGGACCUGGGAUCUGAUCGCUUGAAGGCUACUUGGGGCUCAGCAGAUGGUGACGUGCAGGGAUAUCGUGUGAGAUGUCGGCGGCAAGCAGGGAAUUCUGCUGUGGUUAACAUGGCUCCCCAGACCCACAGUACGGUUUUCACUGACAUUACAGCAGGGUCUAUCAACAAGAUUUGUGUCAAGCCAGUUUAUAAAGACAGAGCAGGAAAAAACCUAUGCAGGACUGUUCAUAUACAUCCAGGUACAACUAAGCUUAGUUUUUAAAGUGGCAGUGUCACUUUUCUUUUAUUUUUUUCUCUCCUUAUACUGUCUUUGCAGCUUAUACUGUCCUGUCCUGUCUUUCUUUGCCCCAAACAUUCUACAUGAGAUCACUGUAACUACUUUUUUAAAAAGACAAUUGUCACCUAAAAAUAGCUUUGGGACAAAUUAUUGCUUUAUAUGAGUAUUGAAAGAAAUCAUUAUUUUUAAUGUCAAUGUAAAAUGCCUCCGUACCCUGGACUUCAUAUAUUUUUCUCCACCAUGUCUGUCCACCUUUGGUUGGAUGCUCCCUUGCACCGACAGUUUAUUUUCUAUGGCAUAUGCUGUCUCUCUGAAGGCACAGAGCAGUGAUGCAGCAUAGACGCAGUGUGUCUAUCUGGGAUGGUUGGUUGAUGGAAUGGUUGGCUAUGGCCAUUUUAUGAGUGGCACACUCUGUGUAAUCCGCCUGCAGUGUACGCACACUCUGUCUGGCUGGAGCCUAUGUCUGUCAGCAGUCUCUGGUCACAUCAGGGCCAUAUUUAAUAUUUGCUUAAGGCUAAGGAAGGCUGAAAUUGAUGGACGCAAGUCUCUUUUCAGCUAUGUAACUAUGUGACAUACACUGCCACACACACUGUAAUACACACACUGACACAUGCAGAUAUACAGACACACAGAUACACACUGACACAGAUACACAACCUGACACAUGCAGCUACACAGACACACAGAUACAAACAAUGACACACAUGCAGACACACAGACACACCCACUGAAACACAUGCAGAUACAAAGUGCAAAGAUACACACUCUGACUACAUAUAGAUAAACACAAUGAGAACAUACAGAUACACACACUGACACACAUACAGACACAGAUACAAACACUGACAAAUGUGCAGAUACACAGAUAAACACACAUACAGACAUAGAUAAAAAAACACUGACACACGUGCAGAUACACAAGUACACACACUGACUAUAUAUAGAUACACACACUGACUAUAUAUAGAUAAGCACAAAUAUAUACACACUGACAACAUACAGAUACACAGACUCAUACUGACAGGCAUACUGCCACAUACAGACAUAUACACUGACACACACACACACACACACACUGACACACAAGCAUACACAGAUAUGCUGAAACAGACAGACAUAGUGACACACACAGACAUACUGAAACACACAUACACACAGACAUAUUGAAGAAAUUAUAGUUUGAUAGCCACCAUCUAGUUUCUUACCUUUUGCUUGACGGGUUCCAUGGGGUCCAGUGUACUGGCUGGGAGAUAAGCUCUUGCUCUCUCCUGGCAUGGCCUCCUCCUCACUGCAUCCUUCGGGUCCUCCUCCCUCCCGCGCGGCUCGGUGUGCUCUGAGAGGAAGUGACCAGCCGUCACUUCCUCCCAUGCUUCUGAAAAGCAAGGGCCGCAGCGCCCGACCAGGCCCCUGCUGAAAUAUGCCCACAGGGUUGCCCUAAGUGCAUGGGACAUCUGAUGGGUGCCCUUAGUGUGUGGGCCUGAUCCCAAAAUAAAUUGUUGUGGGUAUAGGGCAAAUAGGGCAGCUGCUUUGGGCCCCUCAAAAGUUACUGGGCCCGGGGCAGCUGCCCCGUUUGCCCUGUGUUAAAGACGGCCCUGGUCCGCAUGCACGCAGGUCACUGGCUGUCAGGUGGUAUACGCACACACGAGAGAUGAAGCCAUUACUCAGUACUCUCAAUGAGGCAAGACCAUACAGAACAAGCGGCCAGUGCAAGAGAGCAUCCAAUCGAAGAUAGACAUGGCAGCAAAAAAAAGUCCAUAAGUAGAAAAGCAAAGUUCGCAAAAUGUUUAUUUACAACUUGUCAGGACUAUUUCAUGGUUUUUGUAGUUCCAACGUCCUCACCUAAUGUGGCCACACCUCCACGUAAUACUGUACUACUGCUGUCCUUGUUAAAAAAGGGGUUGGUGCAACAAUGUAUCGCUCAGAUAAUUUGUUGCUACUGAUCGAUACAGUGCUGCAAUCCUGAGCUCUACACUUCUAUAUUGAAUUGUUGACAAACCUACUUGUACUCCCAUUUACAUUGCCUUUUCCAACCCCAAAACAAGAUCCACAUCGGCGUUGAAUUUCUGCCCAACAUAUUUGUACCACGAACUGUACUUCAACUAAAUUAAUAGUUCUGCUAUUUUAACUACCAUUUCACCUUGUUCAGUGAAUUUAGUUUCUUACAAGUUCACAUUUAUCUGCAUUUGUGUUCCAUAUCAUUCUAGCUUGACAAGGCCUGACACAACUAUUACAAACAAUGGUUCCUUUCAGUACAUGUAUGUUAGAGCAAAUUGGUUUUAGGUGACACUUGCCGUUUUAGUAGAUUGUACAUUUUGGCCAAAUGUGCUGAAAGUCAGAUCUUAAGAAUUUCCAUUCCCUGUUCUUUUGCCCAAAAUCAUUCACUUUAUUUAUAUAUGAGAUAAACCGGCCUGCACAUAGUAGCUUUACUUGUGUCGCUUAAUUCUCCUGAAUGUAUCAAUGAGUGUAGCUUACUUGACUCUUGCAAUCUUUACUUGUUUGUUUUUUUCAAUUACAUGCACAUGAUUUAAAUUAAAUGACUACAAUAGGGUAUACUAAAUAUGGCAGCUCCACAAUGAGAUCUGAUGCAACAAACUAGAAGAAAAUGUAAAUCAUUUUAAGUUAGGUUAGAAAAUAAGGUAAAUGAGGGAGAUAGAACUACACUGAAUGAGUGACAAAAAUGGAUUAGUGGUUUAACAUAGUUUAUGUAGGUUUAUUUUAAUAACACACAAAGCGUCUCAGUGGAUACCAUGUAAUAUUUACUAUAAAAAAUAGUCAUGUAACCUUUUCUUUUUCUUUUUUGCACCAGUAACUCCUGCAGAAGGCUACCCAAUGUUGCGGACGUAGUGACGUGCAUGUGAGAGAAAUGCAGCAUUUUUAUCCCGCAAGUCUGAGACUCAAAAGACGGGCAAGAGACUAUGAGAAUCUAAAUAGGAUAAGAAGUGUCUCCUAUAUUGGUAUUACUUGAAAGUAAUAGGAUCAAAAGCAUCAAUUUGUUGGAGCAAGAUGUGUGCAAGCAUUGUCUCCGAACGUUUAGGUUUGAUAUUCAUGACGGCAAGGACCCAAUUGGUUAUCGUACGUUUCAAACCAUGGUUAAUAAACCAUACAUUUUCAGUAACCACUAUCCCUCUUCACCAUCUAGUUAGUGCUUGAAAAUGACAAUGCGAAGUCUCUUAUAUAGGGCAGUGAUAGAAUCAGAGGAUGUAUGCUUAAACCCCAGUCUGUUAUGUUCUUCCAAAACCAUAUGGUCAAAGAAUGCUAUCUCAGCAACAUUAAAGUAUUUGUUUCCACGGAGAUGGGAAUAUUGACACACAAGGAGACUAUCUGUUACAAAUGAAAAAUCAAAAAUGUCACCCUCCAUUCUGCACCCUUAAUUGUCACAAUUAUUUAAAAUACAUGUUAUUAAAUAUAUUAUGUUUAAUGGCUGUCUUGGUAAAUAGGAGUAGUUUGGAGUAGAUAUUUAUCUUUAAAUUUCUUGUGUACAAGGAUUCCAUAUACUUAGUCAUAUCUUACGUGAGUUUUUGUUUCCAUAGCCACCACCAUUCUAAAAAUACAAUUACAAUGAAGUGUCGAUGUAGAAUAUCAUGAAUACACAGAGAUGCACUAUUUGUAGCAUCCCUACAUGGCAUCACUGGCUGCCAUGCAACAUGCCAGCAUCAUGGCAAUUGUCUUGGCUAGUCUUCUUGGUGCUUGAUGCCUGGGCCUCUCCCGGCAAUGGGCUCCUCCACCUGGAGACAAGGAAGAUCACUGGAAGCAAGGAGGAGUCAAGUGCGAUGGCCAGAAACCAAUGAAAUAGGGGUGCAUUUGUUGGAACAGGAGGGCAAUGGUUGCUGUGGAAGAGUUAUGUAAAAGGGCCAAACCAUUGGCAGAGGUAAGUUAGAAAAAGCAAAGGUUGCAGAGGCAGCAAAGGGAAAGAAUCUGUAAUGUGUUUUGCAUAUGAGUUCUUCACCCAUCAUUUUAACAUGUUCGUAUUUAAAUAGUGCUAAAAAAAUGCAUGUUCUUAUCUUGCACUUACUAAUUAUAACAACAAACGCAACUCGUUAAAUUACAGGGUUAUUCGUGGACUUUGAAUUGACAGGAAUUCAACUGAAUUUUAAAUGAUACACCACAAUAGCAAGAUGGAAAACGUGACAUAAGAUUUGCUUUCAUUUCAACUAUUUUAGCCCAAGAUUUGACAAUCACUUCAAAUUUUUGAAAACUCAUAUUUUAGUGAACGAUCCUGCAAAAUUUAAAUACACGUAUUUGCCAAUCAAUGCUUAUACAAAUGAUAUCAUUAGCCUGUAGCUGGAUUGUAUGUAUGUUUCAAUAUAACAAUUCCAUUAAAGCUGCCUCAAUGUUAGCCAGGGUUGCUAUAUUCAAUACGUUUUAAUGGAUGGGUCUGAUUUAAUCACAUUGACAAGUGCACAUGGAAAUUGAUUCUAUACGGUAUUGAGAACUCAUAUGCCCUGGGAGCAAAAUCAGCUAAUCAGCCAAGAAAGUAUUCAAAUGGAAUUAAUUGUCUUUUUUUAGUUUAUGAUCUGUACCUACCUUCAAGUCAGCAGCUUUAUCUCACUGCCCAUCUAUUAGAAAAAGUGCACAUUUUUGCAGCAUCUGUGAAAAAAGGAAAAUAAACAAAACAUUUCUUAAUGCGCUUUGAUUUCAGCGUGAGACUAGUGUUAUUGAGGCAAUUUCCUCUUCUUUCAUUAGUUUGUAGAAUGUCCUAUUUCCCCAUGGUAUUUCAUCGAUUGCUUUUUUUUAUUAAAUAUUUUUAUUGUGA